AUGGCCGAGAGGAUGCCCAGCUGUGGGAUCCUGUACGACACCUCCUUGCUGCUGCAGUUCUGCAAUGGUGAGUCCCUGCAGCGUCCGCGCGCGCCCCGCUGGACCACCGCCGGGGCUUUUUCGGAGGCGCCCCAGCGCCGCGCGCGCUCCAUCCAUCCAUCCAUCGCCUGGCUAGGGUGGGGGGAAAUGCCCGCCGCUUUGCAAGAUGCUGUAGACCUGGCUUCAUCGCUUGCAUGCGCGCACGCACGCCGGGAGCAAGGGAGGUGCCCUCUGGGAUGCUCUGCAAGAACUCCAAGGGAUGGGCGCAGGGCGGGGCGGGUGCAUUUCCAUGCCCAGGGAGGGUCGCGCAGGGCUGGUGCGGCGCCAAGGGGGCCUUGGGGCAGGGGAGGGUGGGGAGCGCAAGGGGGGCCGCUCGGCUGACCUGCUGCCCUCUUUUCUGAGCAAGCCCCCCGCGCGCUCGCCCGGCCCUGCCGCGAUGCCACACCCCGCGCCCAAAUGGGUCAUCGCGCAGCUUAGCUGGCCGCCCUCCACCCGCGCUCGCCCGCCCGAUGCAAACUGGGAAAUUCGCAACCCAGCCCAUCAUCCACCUCCAUCCGUGGGCGGCUGGGUCAGGUGGGCGCUUUAACUACUCAGGAAUAAUUUUAACUCUGGAAUAACUGCCACCUCCCGUUCUGCACCCGAAACCACUAAUUUCGGAAUUAAACCACUCGCGUCGCCUAUAAUAAGCGCGCACGGAAAGAUUGGGCGGGGGCGCGGGGUGGGGUCCAGUUAGCCAGCCAGCCUUCUGCCACAAAUUGACCACUCCGAUGGUGAAUAAAGAGGGAACUGCGAAGGACAAACUAAUCCAUGCCAAGGGUUCCAUGAGGGAACUCUGCACAUGCUCCAUAUACUCUUUGUGCGAGUAAAACUAUGCUCGUUCCAGGGCUGAGCCCCAGCAUGCAACAGGUUACGAGGCUGAGCCCUGUCUCGGAUUUCCAGCUUGCACUCUUCAUAUGUUCAGAUGCAGUGUUUUAUGAGAAUACAUGACAAGAGCUGAGCCCUAGCAUUCCGAACAGGUUCUGGGUCUCAUUCUCAGGGCUGCGUUUUACUUUAUUUAAUUUUUUUGUAUCUCCACGGUUCUCAAGAGCGAUGCCUACGUCCACGGCUAUUCCAAUUUAUUCCCACAACAACCUUGCUGGGUAGGUCGGGCUAAGAAAUUGUGAGCGCGCCAAGGUCAGAGCUGAGCAGGUAUUGGAAGCCAUCCUUGCACCUCCAUCUGCCAGCCAUACCCGUUUCUCGCUUUUUGGCGCAGCCUUAUUUUGCACAUCUUCCCCAUGGCAGGAACACUCCCCCCACCCAAAAAAUUCUCUUGCGCCCCUCUGCUUCUGAAUCCAAGGGGCUGGGGCUCCGUCUGUUUCCACCUCAUUUCUGACUGACCAGCGCCCUCCUGCCCUGUCCAAGGUCGCUGGACAGCAUCAGCCGCGUCCUGGGUAACAGACUCCCCGUCCGUCCAUCUCUCUCGCCUCUCUCGCCUGGUACUCUGCCUGGAUGCAGCGCCCGCCCGUCGCUCGCGAUUGGACGGCGCCUGGGAGAUGCUGCAAAGAGGGAGGAGAGAGAAGCGAGCCAAGAAAUACGAUUGCAGAGGAGGAGAACCCGAGAGGAGGCAAGCACCCGGGUAGGGCAGGGAGCGAGCCCCUGGCACUGCGGCAGAGGUCGUGAAAAGGGCAGGCAGGGGCAGCGUGGCGGCGAGGGCACCGGGCCCAGGGCAAACCCCAGCAUGACAGGUGGGUGGCUGCUGGCCCUGCGCCCCUCGCUUCGCCUUUGCCCCACUUUGCCUGCGCCCAGCCCAAUUCUGCAUGCAGCCGCAGCCCCUCCGGAGAGGGAGCUGUGGGAAUUCGAAGAACGCGGGAGGGGGAAGAAGCAACACACGCGGGUUGUGCAUGUGUGAGUGCGCGCGACGCACACGCCAAAUGUCGAGGCGCCUGAGCCGCGUCUUCCUCGUGUAAGGUCGGAGGAAGGAUGGCAAUGUUCUUCGGGAAAGGCUGGGGUGGGGGAGCUGUUCCAGUGCCAUUUCUAAGAGGUGCCAGAAGGAAAAGCUUGGCAAGGAAGGUGGGAAAAGGGAACUGACGUGCCUGCGCAAAGCGCUCUCUCAAAACAUACCAUCCACCACCAACCUCCGAGCCUGGAAGAAAAGCGGGGGAAAUCAGCCGACUUCACUGAAAACUCAGUUUUCCCCCCAGAGGCAGGCACCACCAUCACACCCUGAUUACUGACCACAGGAGAGCAAAGCUUAAUUCCCCAGCCCUGGGACUUCUUUUUAGCUGCUAUCAAAGGCGUGGGAUUUAAAUAAAGGAGAAUGCAUGCCUCUGAGAAUGUACAGAGUGCCUGCCCAGGUUUAUCAUGCACACCAACAAUGAAGGACUCCCAAGGCUUUUAUGUCAGAGUAUCAGGCUUCUGGCUAUCCAAGCACCCCUGUUUUGAGAAGUUAGCAGGAUGGGAAAUGCACUGUUUAUUUGCACAGGGGAAGUUCUGCGACCAGCAGGCCCCAGAUCCUAAUCCUUGCCCUGGUCAGCUUCAGAAAGGAAGCUCUCCUGGCAGAAUACCUGUGUGGCUCCUGAGACAGACAGCACAGGGCACCUGCUGGUCAGGAAGGGGGCAAGAGAAAACCAGGGCGGAAAAACAAAACCGUAAACAGGACCCUCUGUCCUGAACAGCCCUUGAAACAUUUUUUAGCUCCAGAGAGGCCAGAUCAAUGUAUUCACAGCCAUUUAAGAGAACCAUUAGCUAGCCCAUAAUACACCUUAGCCUCCGAAGGCACAGCAUCCUUGGAGGAUCCUAUGCAUAUUUCAGUGGGGCUAACUUUGAAGUAAGUGUGGAUAGGAUUCAGAGAUAGCAUUGGUCAACUGUUUGUAGACUGGUAAAAAUAAGUAUUCUUCCCUCCCCACUCUCCCAGUAGAUAAGUGAACUGGGGAUUUUAAUACACAUAAUUGACCACGAUUACAGAAUUUUGGGAUGGUAGUUAUUCCAGAUUAAUUAUUACAAGAGUCUUGGCUAUGGCACCAGGGUGGCAAAAGCGUGAUUUCAAAUAGUGGUGUUAUCCCUUGUGUUUUCAAUGCAUACUUGAAACCUGCCUAUUUCAACUAUGGGGCAUAGUGGUGGUAUUUAUUCCACGUUAACUGACACCAGUUGCUUUUGGUGUGUGGUUUACGCCCUUGCCCCAAGAAAAUCCUAAUCCCUUUCCAAAUAUGCAAACGAUAUAAUCUGAUGCCCACGUACCUGGGGGACAGGUGUGGCAGAGACAAACCAAUUUACUAAAAGCAGCUGGAAGUAUCACUAAUUUGCCACUAGUGGGCAGUGUCUGCAAGAAACUGGACCUUACUGAUCGCUCCUUUGCUCCACAAAAUUCAUGAGCUCCUCAAACAUCUAUUUCAAUGCUUUUAUCUCAGUCCUCCAUAUGUAGAAGUAGGCAGGGCUUCAGCCCAGGGGUUAUAUCAUAUAUAAAAUUAUAAUUAAAUGCAUUUGGCUUUUUCAUUAUCUGUGGCUUCCUUUAGUGGGUGGGAUGUUUUAAUCCUCCUUUGAAAAAAUAUGAACGCUUCUUAGAUUUUUCUGUGCUUCGUUUUACAUAGGUUUUAAGUGCAUCUUAUUUACUUGUUUAUUAUUGUAAGUCGCUUUGGGCUGCAUUUGCAAGAAAAUCAACUAAAAAAUGUAACAAAUAAUAAUCAAUACACUAUGCACUGCCUGCAACCUUCCUGGAUGUCAUGAUUUUGUUCUUUUCACAAUGUCUGUGACACUGCCAUCACCCAAAUUUAUUCAUUUAUUUCAUAAAAAUUAUGCAUCCCUUGAAAAAAUUUAUGCACUUCUUGAAUGCCGACUUCAUGUGGAUAGAGGCUCAGAUUUGACUAGGACAGGAUCACUGUUUCAGCAGUUUAUUUGUACAGUAUAUAUUUUGGUAAUGUUUUAUAUAUAUAUAUAUAUAUAUAUAUAUAUAAUUUUUUUCUCAAUAAUUUAUUUAAUUUAUUAUCUACUUAUUUAACAAAUAUACAGAUUCAUUACAAAUGUAACAUAGCUACAUAUAAAAUCUCAUUGCAAUAUAAAAUUAUGUUUUCCAUAUUGGUAAUUUAAUAAUAACACCAUAAGCUCAUGACUGAUAAUCACAUUCGCAUAAAAUUAGGCUAGUCAUUGAGAAGUAAUUCUAAUAUGAUAUUAUUAUUAUUAUUAUUAUUAUUUAUUAAAUCUGUUCUCUUGCCCAGGGCAACCCAAAGUGAUUUCCAACCAAACAAGUAAGCAGACAAUAAACCCCACAUAGAUACAUUCAAACCAGAGAUAUACUUUAAAAAAAUAUCCCACCUGUUCCUAAAAGGCAAUAGAUUGUUUAAUUAGCAAAAGGCCUGGGAGAAGAGGAAUAUGUUUGCCUGGUGCCUAAAGAUAUGUAGUGAAGACGCCAGGUGAGCCUCCCUGGGGAAAGCAUUUGACAAAUGAGGAGCCACAUCAGAGAAGGCUCCGUUCUUGUGUGGCCACCCUCUGGACCUCUUGAGGAGGAGACACAGAAAUAAGGGCCUCAUAUGGUGACCACAGGGUCUGGGUUGGUUCAUAUGGGCAGAGACGUCCUUGAAAUAUUGUGGUCCUGAGCCAUUUAAGGUUUUAUAGGUCAGAAACAGUACAGCACUACCGGUUCUCAAACUUAAUCCAUUCUAGAAGUCCGUUCCAAAACCAAGGUGUGCUUUCCCAUGGAAAGUAAUGCAAAAUGAUCAGUUCCAGACUUUUAAAAGCAACCCCUAAAACAGCAAUUUAACAUGAAUUUUACUAUCUAACAAGACCAUUGAUCCAUAAAAUGAAAGCAAUAAACACUGUACUGCAGUCACACAAUCAAUCAAUCAAUCAAUCAUUAGCUGAACUGGGUCCCACACAGUCACAAAAAAGCCGCAAAAUAAAUAGCAAAAACAGACAGACCUCAUCGUAACACUCAAAUCGGAAGUGUAACACCCAAAACAGAGCAUGUUUGGCUUCCGAAAAAUGUUCACAAACCGGAACACUUACUUCCGGGUUUGCAGUGUUUGGGUUCCAAGUUGUUUGAGUGCCAAGGCGUUUGAGAACCAAGGGACCACUGUAUGUUGAUUUGGGACAGGAAACUAACUGGCAGCCAGGAUCAGAGUAAUAUGCUCAAAACGUCUUGCUGUGAAUUCUGCACCAACCAAAGUUUCCAAACCGUCUUCAGAGGCAGAAAGAGGAAUGAAAAACAUACCACAAUUGUGUGUUCCUCUUUCGCUUCACUUUAUAUUCUCUAAAGAGCUCCCAUUCUUGUCCUAAUCUAUUAGUUUGAUACUCCCCUCAUUUCACUGACACAGCACAACUUAUUCUGUUCAAUGGUCUCAUAAACCAUUUCCUAAAUUGAUGAGUUUCCUUUUGCUUCUGAUAAUUCACAUAUAUAAUGCAUGCUGCUGUGGUCACAUUAUCCAAUAAUUUCUAUUUUGGGGGAUUGAAUCUUUGAAAUAUAUUUGUAAAUGUGCAUUUUUUUAAAAGUCAAGGGGUAUUUCAAAUAGAUUGAUAUUGAUAUAAGCUGCACAGCGAUAUUAAAAGGCCAUAAAACUGUUGGCUCCAUCAUCUAAGCCUCAUGACCUGUUGUAAUUUACUUGGCAAACAGCAUCUCCUCUUACAGGCUCUUGACAGGCCCUGCCUUUCAUACAGAAGAACAUGCAAGUAGAUGAACCUACUUAAAAACAACAACCAGCAGCAGCUCAUAUGCUCACAAAUUCCGCCUUUCACUCAUUUUGGCACGUUUUAUAUAAAACAUACCUCUCCAAUUGGCACAGGUUAAUGUGCCUAUAAUGGGACGCAGGUGGCGCUGUGGGUUAAACCACAGAGCCUAGGACUUGCCGAUCGGAAGGUCGGCGGUUCGAAUCCCCGCGACGGGGUGAGCUCCCGUUGCUCGGUCCCAGAGUCGGCCACGACUGGACCUAACGAUCAGGGGUCCCUUUACCUUUAUCCAGCUUUCAGAUUGGGAAGGGUUAUGGAAAUCUGAUUUGAAAUUCUGGGUGCGUUGUACGCUGAAAGGAAGCUAUAUGAAUAUGAUGUGCUGGUAGUAUUUGAUUCCUAGUAAGAUAGGAUGUGGGUGGCGCUGCGGACUAAACCACUGAGCCUAGGGCUUGCUGAUUGGAAGGUUGGCGGUUUGAAUCCCUGCGACUGGGUGAGCUCCUGUUGCUCAGUCCCAGCUCCUGCCAACCUAGCAGUUCAAAAGCACACCAUUGCAAGUAGAUAAAUAGGUACCGCUCCAGCGGGAAGGUAAACGGCGUUUCCCUGCGCUGCUCUGGUUCGCCAGAAGCUGCUUAGUCAUGCUGGCCACAUGACCUGGAAGCUGUAUGCCGGCUCCCUCGGCCAAUAAAGCGAGAUGAGCAUGCAACUCCAGAGUCGGUCACGACUGGACCUGAUGGUCAGGGGUCCCUUUACCUUUACUAAUGUGCCUAUGUGGAUGCACGCAAAAAUAAUUAGCAGAGCUCUGUUUCUACCUUAACAUUGCAUCCCGCCCCCCCUUGACAUUGCCUGUGCAUUUUUCAAGUGCCCCUCUCCAGCCCUGAGGUCUAGAAACCUGUUUACAGUGGUACCUUGGUUCUCAAACACCUUGGUUCUCAAACGCCUUGGUACUCAAAGAACUUGGAACCCUAACACUGCAAACCCGGAAGUAAGUGUUCUGGUUUGCGAACCUUUUUCAGAAGCAAAAUGUGCUCCGCUUUGAGUGUUAGGCUUCUGAUUUGAGUGUUACAAUGAGGUCUGUCUGUUUUUGCUAUUUAUUUUGUGUUUGUGUUUUUGCGGCUCUUUUUCUUUUGUGACUGUGAGGAACCCAGUUCAGCUACUGACUGAUUGAUUGAUUGAUUGUGUGACUGCAGUACAUUGUUUACUGCUUUCAUUUUACGGAUCAAUGGUCUCGUUAGAUAGUAAAAUUCAUGUUAACUUGCUGCUUUAGGGGUUGUUUUUAAAAGUCUGGAACGGAUUAAUCCAUUUUGCAUUACUUCCUAUGGGAAAGCAUGCCUUGGUUUUGGAACGCUUUGGUUUUGGAAUGGACUUCGGGAACGGACUAAGUUUGAGAACCAAGGUACCGCUGUAUAUUAAAAGCAACACACCCAAGGCAAGGUAUUCGGUAUUGGAGGGCGAGUGUGGUGCAGUGUUGCAGAAUGCUGAGAUUGGAUGUCAGAAAUCUGAAAUAAAAUCUCUUGCCAUGAUUGAAACACGCCCAACAACUGUGAGUGAAAAGCUUGGGUUUCCUAGCCAAACCCACCUUAUUGUUUUGUUUUGACAAAUGACAUGUAGCGCCUGUUGUCUUAGGAAAUGGCUCGCCUCAUCUUUCUGACUUGACCCCUUCUGUUCUCCAGAUGAUAACUUGUCAGGCAUCAGCGGGAUGGAGGUGGACGACCGCAUCUCCUACCUGGAGCAGCGGUUGCAGUUGCAGGAAGAUGAGAUCCAGGUGCUGAAGGCCGCUCUGGCUGAUGUCCUGCGGCGUCUCAGCACCUGCGAGGAGAAUGGGCUCAGCCUGCAGAAAAAGGGACCCAGCAAAGGUAUCGGGGUGUUGGUGGGGAGGUGCUGGGUGUGGGUGUCUGUCCGUCCGUCCGUCCGUCUGUCCUGCAGCUCCCUUGUCCGCUAUGGCCAGCUAUGCCCUUUAGCCAGAGUUGUCUGGGUCCUUGACAUCAUCAUCAUCAUCAUCAUAACAAUAAUAAUAAUUUAUUAUUUAUACCCCGCCCAUCUGGCUGGGUUUCCCCAGCCACUCUGGGCGGCUUCCAACCGAAUAUUAAAAACAAUACAGCACCAGACAUUAAAAACUUCGCUAAACAGGGCCGCCUUCAAUUGUCUUUUAAUAGUAAAAUAGUUGUUUAUUGCCUUGACAUCUGAUGGGAGGGCGUUCUACAGGGUGGGCGCCACCACCGAGAAGGCCCUCUGCCUGGUUCCCUGUAACCUCAUUUCUCGCAGCGAGGGAACCGCCAGAAGGCCCUUGGAGCUGGAUCUCAGUGUCCGGGCAGAACGAUGGGGGUGGACACGCUCCUUCAGGUAUACAGGACCGAGGCCGUUUAGAGCUUUAAAGGUCAGCACCAACACUUUGAAUUGCGCUCGGAAACGUACUGGGAGCCAAUGCAGAUCUCUCAGGACCGGUGUUAUGUGGUCUCAGGGGCCGCUCCCAGUCACCAGUCUAGCUGCCGCAUUCUGGAUUAGUUGUAGUUUCCGGGUCACCUUCAAAGGUAGCCCCACGUAGAGCGCAUUGCAGUAGUCCAAGCGGGAGAUAACUAGAGCAUGCGCCACUUUGGUGAGACAGUCUGCGGGCAGGGAAGGUCUCAUCCUGCAUACCAGAUGGAGCUGGUAGACAGCCGCCCUGGACACAGAAUUGACCUGCGCCUCCAUGGACAGCUGUGAGUCCAAAAUGACUCCCAGGCUGCGCACCUGGUCCUUCAGGGGCACAGUUACCACAUUCAGGAUCAGGGAGUCCUCCACACCCGCCCGCCCUCUGUCCCUCAAGAACAGUACUUGCCUUGUCAGGAUUCAACCUCAAUCCAUUAGCUGCCAUCCAUCCUCCAACCACCUCCAGGCACUCACAUAGGACCUUCACCACCUUCACUGGUUCUGAUUUAAAAGAGAGGUAGAGCACUUAACCAAACUGGGACAUAAUAUUAAUUCUUUUUUAAAAAAACCCCUCUUCUUGUUGCUUAUUAAAACUGAACGUGCUGUUUUUCAGCCCAAAUAGGCCUAGAAAUCAGCAAGCAACAGUGCAGUAGUACCUUGGUUGUCAAACUUAAUCUGUUCUGGAAGUCUGUUCAACUCCCGAAACUGUUUGAAAACCAAGGCGCGGCUUCCGAUUGGCUGCAGGCGCUUCCUGCACUCAAGCAAAAGCUGCGCCGGACGUUUGUGCCGAAAAACGUUCCGAAAAACGUUACUUCCGGGUUUGCGGCAUUUGGGAGCUGAUUUGUUCAGGAGCCAAGGCGUUUGACAACCAAGGUACCACUGUACUGCAAUAGAAUACUGUAAUUCAUUUUAGGGGGAGGAGCAGUAAACCAAAUACUGCCCCCUCCAAUAAACUAAAUAAAAAGUAAUUUAAUUUACUGUUUAUGGUUUAUUUUUAUUUUUGUAAAUACAUAAGAGACUGAAGGCAGCUAACAUGGGAGAUAAAUCUAUCGAAUAUGGCGAAUGAAGAAUCCCAUUGUGAAGGCCUGUCAAAACAAGACCGUCUCCCACUGACAGGAAAGGAGCUGGGUGGGUCCCCUGGGGAAGCGAGUUCGAGAGUCUGGCUGCCACAACUACAAAGGCCUUGCCCCCCCUCCCCCAACCUUCCUUCAGACAACAGCAGCGUCUGUUGCUACGCUCUGGUUCACCUAAAUUUAGGCGGUGUCAGGUUCGCUAUUAUACGCAUCCAUCAUUUAUUGUGGGCAGUAUAUAUUUCGGAAUCUCUGUCCAUAGCAAGUUGGAUAUUUACUACAAGCAAGGUUUUCCUCCCUUCAUUUCUGUGAGCAAACUUUGGUUAUUGGCUGCAAAAAGAAGUUAAUUUGCUGAUACGAACACUUUUGUGUCUGACAAUAAGUGGGUGCAAUGACCAUUAAGAAUUAACGCUCUGUAUAAUUCAACACAAGGGACAAGGGUGGCGCUGUGGGUUAAACCACAGAGCCUAGGACUUGCCGAUCAGAAGGUCGGCGGUUCGAAUCCCCGUGACGGGGUGAGCUCUCAUUGCUCGGUCCCAGCUCCUGCCAACCUAGCAGUUUGAAAGCACAUUGCAGGGGGUUGGACUAGAUGAUGAUGAUAAUUAUUAUUAUUAUUAUUAUUAUUAUUAUUAUUAUUUUCUAUCCCACCCUCCCCAGCCGAAGCCGGGCUCAGAGCGGCUAACAACAAUAAACAUAACACAGCAUUCUAAAAUCAAUUCAUUCUAAAAUCAAUUCAAAAUCAAAUUAAUGGCAACCAUUGGGCUAGAGUUCUGUGAGGAUUACCAAAGGAAGGGGUCAGAUUGUGCCUUGGCCAAAGGCCUGGCAGAACAGCUCCGUCUUGCAGUCCCUGUGGAAAGAUGUCAAGUCCCACGGGGCCCUGUUCUCUUGUGAGAGAGCGUUCCACCAGGCCGGGGCCACGGCCGAAAAGGCCCUGGCUCUGGUCGAGGCCAGUCUAAUCUCCCUGGGGCCUGGGAUUCUCAGGGUGUUAUUAUUCGCGGUCCCGUAGGUACGAGAGGCGGUCCCAUAGGUACGUGGGUCCUAGGCCGUAUAGGGCUUUAAAGGUCAAAACCAGCACCUUAAACCUGAUCCUGUGCUCCACCGGGAGCCAGUGCAGCUGGUAUAGCACUGGGUGAAUGUGAUCCCGCAGCAAGGACCCCGUAAGGAGUCUCGCCGCGGCAUUCUGCACCCGCUGGAGUUUCUGGCUCAUGACUCUCUGGGUCCCUCCCAGCCCUACAAUUCUGUGAUUCUGCGAUUGUGGUCCCGUCUGGAAUUAACACAUUGUCUCCCUUGCAGUUUACCAGCUGCUGAGGGGUCUGCCUUCCAGGCCUGGCUUGAGCAAUGGGAUCAUCCCCCAGAGGAGGGGCUACUCGACCUCCCCUUCGUCCCCCAAGAGAGAGCUGCUUCCUGGGAAAAGGUGAGGGGUCCCAAGAGCGCCUUGAACAAGGGCCUCAUAUUCCUCUCUCCUCCUCCUCCUGCUGCUGCUAAAUCUCUUCUUAUCACAAUUAUUUAACUGGGGGAGGCUGCAGGAUUACUCUGAUACGUUUUGUAUUGGCUGGCUGUGUUUUAAAUGCAUUUUUUUAGCAUGGUUCGUGACUAGAAGCCAACCUUGAGGGCCAGUUUGUGCGAAAAAAUGUAGGUGACGAACAGAAGAGAGGUGGAAAGGAAAUGUACACAAAUCCAGUUUUUAGGAGCACUUUAAUUUUAAAUAGUUCUACAAAUAUUUACCUGGAGUAAGGGAAAAUCCCUCAUUUUUUUUCCAAUUUGAAGAGAUAUUCAACAACCAGGGGAGAUUAGAAGAGGUUUGAAUGAGGCGCUUCAAAGCCACAGAAGGAGGAUAAAUUUUUCCACUGGGCAGGUUGGCUUCUUGUCAAAACUGGCUGUAACUUUCCUCGUUUCCCUUUCUCUCUCUGCAGAGAGGGAAGGCUUAGAUGCUUUUGUUUUCAUUUGGCACGAAUGAGAAUUUAGUUUCCUCUCCCCCUCUUUUGAAAGGCCUGAUUGUGAUGGGCAGGGGUUGCUUUCAGAAUAUCUGCUGAGCUGAAAGAUGAUUAAGGUUGAAUGGAGACUGGCAGGUGUAUAUAGAACAGCGCAAGAACAAAAAUUAAAAUGCUAUCUUUAAGAAUCUGCUUGAAUGACUACCCUGUGGGGGGCCGCCAUGUAUUGGACCCAAGAUCCAUCGCCUUCUUGUUCCCAGUAGCUGUUAGUCAGCUGCUUAAAGGCAGGCUUCCAGUUUCUCUGAAUACAGAGAGUCCAAAGAUGUGUCCAAUAUGCCUUUGCUGGCAAAUUCACUGCCAGUGAGCCACUGUCGUUCUGCAUCCAUCUUGUCUUUGAAUAGGGGUUACAAGGGCACAGCAGCCCAGGUCUUGCAAGGAGAGUUUCUUUGGCGCAGGGCCUCAAGGCUUUCGAAAAGCCAUCUUGCAGAGAAGCUGAAAUAUACUUGGAGUCGAGAGUGGAUUUCAUGCUCUUUAUUCAGCUCAUAGUGGUGAGGAGGAAUGGAAGUUCCCCCAGAAUGUCUGCUUUGUAUACAUUAUUUACACAAUGGGCCCCACGUGAUUGGCUAAUUCCAGGACUCUCCUGUAGGCCAAUCAGGUUGUGGAUUCACUUCCACCUGGAGCUGGAUUGGGUGGCUCCUGUGGACCAAUCAGACUGCUGCAUUCUAGAUCCUAUUGUUCUAGGACCAAUCAGACUGCUGCAUUCUGAAUCCUAGUGUUCUAGGACCAAUCAGACUGCUGCAUUCUGGAUCCUAUUGUUCUAGGACCAAUCAGACUCCUGCAUUCUGGAUCCUAUUGUUCUAGGACCAAUCAGACUGCUGCAUUCUGGAUCCUAUUGUUCUAGGACUAAUCAAACUGCUGCAUUCUGGAUCCUAUUGUUCUAGGACCAAUCAGACUCCUGCAUUCUGGAUCCUAUUGUUCUAGGACCAAUCAGACUGCUGCAUUUUGGAUCCUAUUCAACUCAGUACACAACAGAAGCGGUCUUGCAAAGUGCUUAGCUUUCCACGCAGCCGGCUCUCGCUCCUCGCUCGCUCCUGCUAGGCGCACAUCACGCUGCUUUCCUCCUCUGCAUCCCUCUUUCUCUUCGGCCGGCUCACCCUCCCACCUGCCUGCCCCUUGCCCUUGUCUGGCUAUAUUGCUAAGGCUCUGUCUCCCACAGCGGGCGAAGCUGGGCUUCUCCAGAGCGCCCAGCCUCACUCAAGCGAGAGGGCAUCAAGGACCAGAGAAGCCGCACCACUUCCUCCAGCAGCUCCUGCAGCGGGAAGCGCGACGGGUACGUGUGAAAGCCAGACCCGCAAAUCCAUCCAUGGAGGCUGCAUGAUCUUUAUGGCAAUUUACACCCACAUAACAUAAUGCUAUGGGGCGCGGGUGGCGCUGUGGGUUAAACCACAGAGCCUAGGACUUGCCGAUCAGAAGGGGUGAGCUUCCAUUGCUCGGUCCCUGCUCCUGCCAACCUAGCUGUUCGAAAGCACACCAGUGCAAGUAGAUAAAUAGGUACCACUCCGGUGGGAAGGUAAAUGGCAUUUCCAUGCGCUGCUCUGGUUCGCCAGAAGCAGCUUAGUCAUGCUGGCCACAUGACCCGGAAGCUGUAUGCCGGCUCCCCUGACAGUAAAGCGAGAUGAGCGCCGCAACCCCAGAGUCAGCCACGACUAGACCUAAUGGUCAGGGGUCUCUUUACCUAACAUAAUGCUAUGGGACGUGGGUGGCGCUGUGGGUUAAACCACAGAGCCUAGGACUUGCCGAUCAGAAGGUUGGCGGUUCGAAUCCCUGCGACGGGGUGAGCUCCCGUUGCUCGGUCCCUGCUCCUGCCAACCUAGCAGUUUGAAAGCACGUCAAAGUGCAAGUAGGUAAAUAGGUACCGCUCCGGCGGGAAGGUAAACGGUGUUUCCGUGCGCUGCUGUGGUUCGCCAGAAGCGGCUUAGUCAUGCUGGCCACAUGACCCGGAAGCUGUACGCCGGCUCCCUCGGCCAGUAAAGCGAGAUGAGCGCCGCAACCCCAGACUCAGCCACGACUGGAUCUAAUGGUCAGGGGUCCCUUUACCUUUAACAUAAUGCUAUUCUAGGCAGGGAAAUAAGCUCCUCUCUCGCAGCUCUGCUUCAGCAAAGCUCAUUUGACUUGCGCUAGCCCAAGCAGCGGAGUUUAUUCGCUAGGGACGCGCCUUCGCUUUUAGCAGCUCAGGUUCUGCAAGACCCGUUGAAUCGGCUUCGCGGAGCAGCUGAGGUCUUGCAAAGUGCGCUUUGCUUCGCCUACCUAAACCACCCUCGGGAGCGUAAACCGGAAGCAAAACGCGCCAGCAGAAAGGCGGAGAGUUACGAGAUCGGAUUUCAAAGCCCGAGCAGGGAGGAAGCGAUGCCUCCCUCCCCAAAACCGGAUAUCUCCUUCUUGAGCCGCGCAGCAACUUUUCCCCGUCCCUGCCAUACCGGGUGGGGAGUUUCCUCCCUUCCCUGUCACUCUUAAAGCCACAGGUGCCCUACCAGCGCGUCUACACGCGCACAGCAGGAUUCACACGUGCACGGCCAUCACGCAUCUUAAGCCAUCCCUCGGAGAGGAACGGCCCUCGGCCGGGGCGAAACGGCGGCUGCUUCUCGCUUGCGCUCCGUGGGAAAAACGUCCGGUUUUUUCCCAGGCGUCUGAAACAGCGCGGCCCUUCUCCCCGCCGCCUCCUCCAGCGCCGGUCACCAGCACGUAGAGGGUUAAAGAAAGGCCCCGGCCCGGGGGAGGGAAAGUGAAAGCCAGGAAGGAGGGGAAAGUUGGAAAGUUUCCCGCCCGGGCCCCAUUGCUCCGCCGCAUCCCCCGGGACGCGCCUUGCAGUUAGUUGCCUUGCAGUUCCAGCUCCCGGCGGGCGGGGCAAAAAGCAGCCCGGUCAGGAAUCCUCCCCAUCGCUGCUCGGAAGAAGCCUCCCUCUCCGCCUCGGGAAUAUCAAAUAUAAAGAGCAGGAGCCCUUUUCCCCAGCCUAAGAGCAAAGCCAGGGGCAUCCACCAUGAAGAAGGCGGCAGGCAGCCUCAGCCCCAGGUAAGGCGGCGUUUGUGUUGAUGGAGGGGCCGCUUUGGGCCUUAUUUCUUCUCCAGCCCCUAUUUUCAACGCCAGGUGGAUCAUACAGAAGAAGAGUGCCUCUGAGCACGUGCAGAGUGCAUUAAGCGCUGACUGCCCAAUUGCAUCUUACUCUUCAGCCCUUUUCGUUUUAAACGGGCGUGGGGGGAGCAAUGCGUUUGGAUGAUCAGCUUUGCCAUCUUCUUUCCGGGUGGGGCACCUCGGAUACGGUUGCUAAGUUUGGAUAUGAGUUUCUCUAUGUUAAAGUGGGGAGGGGGAGCAGGGAAGGAAGUUACCCAGGGUGCAGAUAUUCCUUAAGACAGGUGACUUGCUUUGCUGGGCCAUAUAUGCAAAGAAUCAAGAAACAGCAGAAUUGUGGAGUUGAAGGGACCCUCAAGGGUCAUCCAGCCCAACCCCCUGCAAUGCAGGGAUCAGAGGAUGGGGAGCUAGUUGCAUGCCAUUUCUGGGAGAUGAGGCCAGCCUUGCAGGAACUUAGGGUUCCAGAAACGAAUCGGGUAUAGGGUGGGGGACUCUUAUUGGUGCAGGACUUAACAAUCCCACAAAAGGGGACAACAGUGGUAAUAUUGCACUGCCGUAAGCUGGGGGGGGGCUGUUGGCAUCCCAACUGGUCCUGCUGUGGGGUGGCGGCUUUGGGUGCCACUGAGUGGCAGGCGACCAGCUGGUUUAAAAAGUACUAUAUGAAGAAUACCUUUUGGGUUUUCUUGCCCCCCUUCCGCCCCCGCCAUAGCAAAAUGGUUUGGCCCAGUCCUGGAGGGUGCAGCCUGCAAGCAGCAGAGCAAGGGUAGGCAAACUAAGGCCCGGGGGCCGGAUCCGGCCCAAUUGCCUUCUAAAUCCGGCCCGGAAUCAGUGUGUUUUUACAUGAGUAGAAUGUGUGCUUUUGUUUAAAAUGCAUCUCUGGGUUAUUUGUGGGGCAUAGGAAUUUGUUCAUUUCCCCCCCUCCAAAAUAUAAUCCGGCCCCCAUAAGGCCUGAGGGACAGUGGACCGGCCCCCUGCUGAAAAAGUUUGCUGACCCCGGAAGCAGAGGGUGGGAUGCUCCAAGCCAAUUGGAUGUUGUUGUUGUUGAGUCGUUUAGUCGUGUCCACCUCUUCGUGACCCCCUGGACCAGAGCACGCCAGGCACUCCUGUCUUCCACUGCCUCCUGCAGUUUGGUCAAACUCAUGCUGGUAGCUUUGAGAACACUGUCCCACCAUCUCGUCCUCUGUAGUCCCCUUCUCCUUGCGCCCUCCAUCUUUCCCAACAUCAGGGUCUUUUCCAGGGAGUCUUCUCUUCUCAUGAGGUGGCCAAAGUCUUGGAGCCUCAGCUUCAGGAUCUGUCCUUCCAGUGAGCACUCAGGGCUGAUUUCCUUCAGAAUGGAGAGGUUUGAUCUUCUUGCAGUCCAUGGGACUCUCAAGAGUCUCCUCCAGCGCCAGAAUUCAAAAAUAUGAAUAAUUGUUGUGUUUAAACGGUUGAAAAUAAAUAUUAUUUCAAAAGCAUCCAUUCUUCGGCGAUCAGCCUUCUUUAUGGUCCAGCUCUCACUUCCAUACAUCACUACUGGGAAAACCAUAGCUUGAACGAUACGGGCCUUUGUUGGCAAGGUGAUGUCUCUGCUUUUUAGGAUGAUACAGGGCUAUUAUUUCACCUGCAGCCCCAUUUUACUGCCUUGAACUUGCCUAAGGCCACCUGUUCGGUUUCCUGGCGUUGUGCCCAAGGGGAGGGGGGGCUCAAUCUGAGGCCUCUCCUGCCCCCAAUCCUCCUUGCUCCACUGCCUCAGGAAACUAGAGCCCAAGGGAGGCGCCCUGGGCGGUCCUAUAGCCUGUUCCUUGGUGCGGACAAGGGGGUCUUGCAGUGGUGCCCUGGAGGGUGGGAGUGGGAGAGGAGGCCAUUGCCUUGGCUGAUGCAAGAUCCUAGCAGGAUCCCCCCGAGAGAGAGAGAGAGAGAGAGAGAGAGAACAAACAGGGAGGAGGCGGUGGCAGCAGAAUCCCCUGGGCAGGGCAUGGAAAAGGGUGGGGAACGCCCUGCCAACUGUUACUCUAGAUAGAGGGAGAUAAAAGAGCCUCCGAAGACUGGCAGGGAGGUUGACCCGCCCUUCUCCAAAAGAGAGAGAGAGAAAGGGAGUUAGUUAAUCCCUUGGUUGCUGAGUGGUGGGGGAGAGGCUGGUGGUUUAAACGUUUCUCGGAACAAAAUCAAGUGGGGAUAAAUUGCGUUCCGGGGUCCCCAGGGCAGCCUCUUCUGCAGAGAUGCUGAGAACGCACCUGGCACUCAUUGGUUGGAAAGCUUAAUUUUUCAAGCAAGUUUAAUUGAUGCUAAUCAACUGGCUAGAGGGAUGCGGGUGGCGCUGUGAUCUAAACCACUGAGCCUAGGACUUGCCGAUCAGAAGGUCAGCAGUUCGAAUCCCCGCGACGGGGUGAGCUCCCGUUUCUCUGUCCCUGCUCCUGCCAAUCUAGCAGUUCGAAAGCACUUCAAAGUGCAAGUAGAAAAAUAGGUACCGCUCCGGCGGGAAGGUAAAUGGCGUUUCCGUGCGCUGCUCUGGUUCGCCAGAAGCGGCUUAUUCAUGCUGGCCACAUGACCCGGAAGCUGUACGCCAGCUCCCUCGGCCAAUAGAUCGAGAUGAGUGCUGCAACCCCAGAGUCGGCCACGACUGGACCUAAUGGUCAGGGGUCCCUUUACCUUUUUAAAUGUCCAGAGCUAUUAAGAGAAUACGGUUCGGCCUAUAAAACUUUGCCACCUGCAGUUUUGGAGUCUGGGUGCUUGCUUGACGGGUAACGCACUUUUGCAAACUCUCCCGCUCCCUAUGCAUUCACAAGCCCGACUUGCAGCCCUACUGCAGAGGCCCGCUCUUCUUCUCUGAUGCACUGGCAAGGCUUGGCAUGGCUUGUCCUGCUGAAGCAAACGUCUCUAAUGGGCUGCAAGCUGGCUUCCCCUCCGGUGGUGCCUCUCCUGCUAUAGACUGAUCUGCUUUGACGUCACGGAAUGAGCAACAACAUUCUGCCUGCCGGGGUGCGAGGAUUUGUUUGACGUGGGUGCAGCCGCCGUGAGGGGAGUACAAGCUCGGCAGAGGGGAGGUGGAAGAGCGAACCACACGCAGAAUCCAAGGAUAGCGGCGGGUGCAUUUUGGCAGAAAGGCGGGAAGAGAUGCGAGGGUCAGCUUGCUGCCGAUGGGAGGCUGAGAUGAGAGAGGGAGAAUAACUCUGUAGUCGGAUUGUUGCAGCAGAGACGCGCCUUCCUUUCCUCCCCCACCGCAGUCUUCCCCUUUCAUCCUAACUCUCUCCUCUCUUUCCUUCGCAGCAAACCUAAAGAAUCCACCUUCAGCGCCGGUGAGUAGAUGCUGCCACACUUUGCAGUUUGUGGUGGGGGGAAACACCCAGGAAUCCAGUCCGAGGCUGGGAGCUGGGCAUGGCCUUAGAGGCCUGGAGGUCAUGUGGAGUAGCCGAAUGGCGUGCACCUGCAUGCUCCAGGUUGUACAAAAGUCUUGAGAGACGGGGUGUGUGUGCCCUUUUAACACAGCAAGAGUUCUUAGAAUAGUGGGGGGAGUAGACCGGUCAAAGAGGGAAACUCGUCUGAUAAGCUUGCCUUCUGCAAAUUGUCCCUUCGUGGUCGCCAGGAGGGAGGGCCUUGCUCGCCCCAAGUGAUUGGCUUUCUCCGCCAAGCUUUUCAUCUCCGCCAAGCUAAGCAGUUGGCUCCUUACCUCUCUCGCCCUGACCUUGCCACUGUGAUCCACGCGACGGUCACCUCCAGACUGGAUUAUUGUAACUCGCUCUACGUGGGGCUGCCCUUGAGACUGACCCAGAAACUCCAGUGGGUGCAGAAUGCCGCGGCGAGACUCCUUAUGGGGUCCUCGCUGCGGGCUCACAUUCACCCAGUGCUAUACCAGCUGCACUGGCUCCCGGUGGAGUACAGGAUCAGGUUCAAGGUGCUGGUUUUAACCUUUAAAGCCCUAUACGGCCUAGGACCCAUGUACCUACAGGACCGCCUCUCCUGGUAUGUCCCACAGAGGACCUUACGGUCUUCAAACAAAAACAUCUUGGAGGUCCCGGGCCACAGGGCUGGCCUCAACCAGAGCCAGGGCUUUUUUGGCUGUGGCUCCAAUCUGGUGGAACGCUCUGUCACGAGAGACUAGGGCCCUGCGGGACUUGACAUCUUUCCACAGGGCCUGCAAGACAGAGCUGUUCCACCAGGCCUUUGGCCAGGGCACAGCCUGACCCCCUCCUUUGGCAAUCCUCACAGAACUCUAGCCCAAUGGUUGCCAUUAAUCUGAUUUGAAAUGAUUUUAGAAUGUUGUAUCAUUUUACUGUUGUUAGCCGCUCCGAGCCUGGCUUUGGCUGGGGAGGGCGGGAUUUAAAUAAAAUUUUAUUAUUUAUUAUUAUUAUUCUACAAGUUUUGCUUCUGGGCGGGUGAGGUGAGAGACGGAGGAGAGCGUCUGGUUUUCGGGGAAAUCAAGGCGCUCUCUUGUGUAGAGGCAGACCCGAUCCCUCUGGGCAGCUGGAGGAGGUCUUGCAAGCGCGGUUACGGGUGAUCGUGAUGCUUUCUCUCUCCCGGCGAUCCGUACGCAGAGGAUGGUUACGUGAAGAUGUUCCUGCGGGGGCGGCCCAUCCCCAUGUUUGUCCCCGAUGCCGUCGUCGCCACCUACAGCCUCGAUGCCAAGCUGGAGCUGCCCCAUAAGAAGCUGAAGCUGGACUGGGUGUAUCCUACUCAAAACAGUCUCCCUAGGGGGCGGGAGAGGAGUGGGGGUGCUUGAAGCGAGUUCUGGAUCCCAGAGCUGGUGGCCAGGACCGCAAAAGGAUGUCACAUAGAGGAGGGAGAAAGGUUGUUUUCUGCUGCUCCAGAGAAGCGGACACGGAGCAAUGGAUCCAAACUACAAGAUUCCACCUAAACAUUAGGAAGAACUUCCUGACAGUAAGAGCUGUUCGACAGUGGAAUUUGCUGCCAAGGAGUGUGGUGGAGUCUCCUUCUUUGGAGGUCUUUAAGCAGAGGCUUGACAACCAUAUGUCAGGAGUGCUCUGAUGGUGUUUCCUGCUUGGCAGGAGGUUGGACUCGAUGGCCCUUGUGGUCUCUUCCAACUCUAGGAUUCUAUGAUUCUAAGAUUCAAAGGUCAUUCUCUAUUCUUGUCCUUGACCCGCCGGCAUCCGCUCCAGCUAUGGGUAUCGGGGCCGCGACUGCCGCGCCAACCUUUUCCUGCUGCCCACGGGGGAGAUCGUGUAUUUCGUGGCUGCUGUGGCUGUCCUCUACAACGUGGAGGAGCAGCGCCAACGCCACUACCUGGGCCACAAUGAUGACAUCAAGUGGUGAGCGGGGGUGGGGGUGGUGAGGCGGUUCUUGCACUGUUUCUUUCCUCUCCAGCUGGAACGGCAGAGGAGCGGGGGGGGGGGGCGGGCAAGAUGCACUGGCUCCCGGCGGAGUACAGGGUCAGGUUCAAGGUGCUGGUUUUUACCUUUAAAGCCCUUCACGGCCUAGGACCCUCGUACCUACGGGACCGCCUCUCCCGGUUUGCCCCACGGAGGACCUUAAGGUCCAUAAAUAGCAAUGCCCUAGAGGUCCCGGGCCCUAAGGAAGUUAGAUUAGCUUCAACCAGAGCCAGGGCCUUUUCAGUGAUGGCUCCAGCCUGGUGGAACGCUCUGCCUCAUGAGACCAGGGCCCUGCAGGAUCUGAUUUCUUUCUGCAGGGCCUGUAAGACAGAGUUGUUCCACUUGGCAUUUGGCUUGGAGCCAAUUUGAUCCCCUCCCCCUCUUUCUUUUUUCUUUUUUCCUUUCUCAUCCUGUGAUGAGGCUGCAUUUUAAUGUUUCAAUGUUGUAUUUUAAUCUUGUUUUUAAGUUGUAUUCAUUCAACUUGUUUUUAUUAUUGCUUGUUAGCCGCCCUGAGCCCGACCUUGGCUGGGGAAGGCGGGGUACAAAUAAAAAUUAUUAUUAUUAUUAUUGCCAGUUUGCAGGCGGUGCCACUUGUAAAAAUAGGAGUCAUUGCAAGGAAUGGGUGGCAGUGGCAGAGAAUAUGCCCAUGCUGCCCGGGGGGGGGGCACGCUCCCAAGGGGGGGCAGGGCGUGGAGGGUGCCCUCCCAGGCGUGGGAUAGACACUCGGGUGCCUGGAGCAACACGCGCCCUGCAGCCGGGGGCAAGAGUGAGCCACCCACAGGUGCCCAUGGAGGACAUUCAUCGCACCUCCUGCCCAUGACUCCCAAGCCUCUCACAGGCUGCCAAAACGAAGGGGGAAAGAUUUCCGGCAAAGCGGCACAGCUCCCCCCCGCUUUAACCCGACGGCUUGGGAUAGGCUUGGGAGUUAUGGGCGGGCGGUGCGACGAAUGUCACCCCCUUCAAUGAGGGCACCCAGGGCAGUCCGACCCCACUGACCCCCUUCCUACGCUCCGGUGGGUGGGUGGGUGGCCUUUCGGAGCACCUGGUGCUCUCUCUGCGUACGAGUGUGUGACUUCUGUCCUUUCCUGUCUCACUCAGCCUGGCUGUGCAUCCUGACAUGGUCACCAUAGCAACUGGGCAGGUGGCCGGGACUUCGAAAGAUGGCAAGGUGAGGGGCAGCUGGCUAUAGAGGCGGAGGCGCCAGAGAUUGGGAGGUGGCGGGAAGAGAGAGGAGGAAAGGAGAAACAGGAACAGAUUGCAUACAUUUAAAGCCAACGGGAAAAAUCCCCCCCCUUCCGGAAUAAUGGGGCAGCUGAACAUUUGUGUACUUAGGAGCUGCCCUUUAUGUCUUUUUACUUUAGCACCCCUUCCCCGUCCCAGCCAAGGCAGGGAGAUCCUGGUCUGCUGCUGCUGCUUCUCCCCAGUAUCUUGCAGCCAGAAGUGUCUGCAAUGCCUAAAUGUGGUUGCACCAAUCUUCUGUUGCAGCUAAUAAGCGACUGCAGCCCUGCCUUCCUCUGUUCUGCUUUUAAAAACAAACCUUGUGGCCAGUGCCUUUUCCAGAACCCCCAGGUUCCACAAGUUCUGUGUUGUGUGAAGAGUUGCUUCCUUUUGUGUAUCCUGAACCGGUAUUCUUCCUUCCGGCAGCCUCUGCCUCCCCAUGUUCGGGUCUGGGACUCUGUGAGUCUGAAUACGCUCCACGUCCUGGGCCCCGGGCCCUUCGACCGAGCUGUGAGCUGCGUGGGAUUCUCAAAGUCUGUGAGUGAUGCUUCCCUUCCUCCCUUCUGCCAAAAAGGGGGUACCCAGAGCCCACUGUUCACCCCACAAGCUUGGGUUAGGUAGAUAACGAUGAUGAUGGUAAUAAUAAUAAUAAUAAUAAUAGAUAAGGGGAUGAGUUUAGAAAGAAAAACGCCACAUACAUCUGCAGUAGCGCAACAGGACGCCUUCCUCUGCCCCAGCUGCAACAAAACAUGUCUCUCCCGUAUCAGUCUCUACAGCCACAGCAGGCGCUGCAACUCUCCAGUAGUUUGACUCCAUCCCUGAAACCGCACACCUCUAUUGUCUCCUGAGACAGACAGAGGCCGACAAUGUAUUAAAUUUGUAUUCUGCCCUUCCUCCAGAGAUCACAGGGCAGUUCACAACAUAACAAGAUACAAAACAAGAACACAAAAUACAUAGGAAAAAGAAAAACAAACCAAUAACAUCCCCUCCCACAGACACAUUUAAAAGGCCGUAGAUUAAUCAGCCAAAGACCUGGGAGAAGAGGAACAGUUUUGCCUGGCGCCUAAAGAUAUGUAAAGGGACGUGGGUGGCGCUGUGGGUUAAACCACAGAGCCUAGGGCUUGCCGAUCAGAAGGCGGGCGGUUCGAAUCCCCGCGACAGGGUGAGCUCCCAUUGCUCGGUCCCUGCUCCUGCCAACCUAGCAGUUCGAAAGCACGCCAAGUGCAAGUAGAUAAAUAGGUACCGCUCCGGCGGGAAGGUAAACGGCGUUUCCGUGCGCUGCUCUGGUUCACCAGAAGCGGCUUAGUCCUGCUGGCCACAUGACCCGUGACCCGGAAGCUGUACUUUGGCUCCCUCGGCCAAUAAAGCGAGAUGAGCGCCGCAACCCCAGAGUCGGUCACGACUGGACCUAAUGGUCAGGGGUCCCUUUACCUUUAAAGAUAUGUAACAAAGGCUUCCCUGGGGAGAGCAGUUCCACAAACCGGGAGCCACAGCAGAAAAGGCCCCUGAUGUUGUCUCACCCCACAGAAAGCAAUUGGAACCUACUCAGACCAUUGGUGCAUCAGGCUCAUAAUUACCUACACUGACUGGCACCAGAUAGCCAGGAUUCGAGGCAGGAACUUCUCCCAACUAGGAUUGAAUCUGUUUGCAGAUGCUCUAGCCCUGAGCUGUGGCCGGCCCGUUGACUGCUAGUGAGGUUGUGAUCUGGGGUGUGUGUGUGUGUGGAAGGAAGAGGAGUUUGCAAAUUCAAGGAGCCCCAGCCUCCACCCACCUGCCUUCAUAUUCUGCCAAGGCACACCCUCCCCCUGCCCAGACCCAAAUUCUGUAGCCAGGGGGAUGUCAGUUCUGCUAUCAAGACCGCCUAAACCUUAGUUUUGCAGAGCAUAUUCAUUCUUUUUCAGAGAGCACUGGUUGGUCUGUUUUUUAAAGAGGGAGCUGGGAUGAGAUUUCUGAUUAGGUAUUUUUGCUAGAAAUGGCUUGCCAUGGUGAAUCCAGGGCAUUGGAUGGCAGUUGUGAGGGGUGCUGCCUCUAUCCCACUACACUGGCUCCCAGUACAUUUCCGAGCACAAUUCAAAGUGUUGGUGCUGACCUUGAAAGCCCUAAACGGCCUCGGUCCAGUAUACCUGAAGGAGCGUCUCCACCCCCAUCGUUCUGCCCCGACACUGAGGUCCAGCGCCGAGGGCCUUCUGGUGGUUCCCUCACUGUGAGAAGCAAAGCUACAAGGAACCAGGAAGAGGGCCUUCUCGGUAGUGGCUCCCGCCCUGUGGAACGCCCUCCCACCAGAUGUCAAAGAGAUAAAUAACUACCAGACUUUUAGAAGACAUCUGAAGGCAGCCCUGUUGAGGGAAGCUUUUAAUGUUUAAUAGGUUAUUGUAUUUUAGUGUUUUGUUGGAAGCCGCCAAGAGUGGCUGGGGGGACCCAGCCAGAUGGGCGGGGUAUAAAUAAUAAAUUAUUAUUAUUAUUAUCCAUGUCUCUUUUCUCUCACCAGAACGGCGGAGGACUCCUAUGUGCUGUUGAUGACUCCAAUGACCACGUACUCUCCGUGUGGGACUGGCAAAAGGAGCAGAAGCUGGCAGACGUGAAGGUAACUUUGCGUUCCGCCCUGUUCCUUGGCCAAAAUCCAGCCUUCCCUAACCUGUGGUUGGCAUUCCAGAACAUUCUGGACUCUUCUUCUCUGGUGAUCCCUUAUAGCCGAGUAAGAUUGUCUUCCCUAAACACAGUUUGAACAGUGAGUCCGUAAGUGACUGUGGAGGCCAAUUCUGGAUCCACACGUCCUUCCACAGUGGGGACAUAGGUUUCCGGGCGGGAGUUGAUCCCGGUUUGGAUUUGCCAAGCGUGCCUUCCUCUUAGCACGUUUCUCUCUUGCGUCCUGAGUUCGAGUGUCUUCAAAGCCCAUGACACCUUUGGUCAAGGCUGUUCUCCAACUGGAGCGCUCGCAGGCCAGUGUUUCCCAAUUGUUGUUUAUACUACAUUUUUUUAGAUUUCCCUUGAGACAGUCUUUAAACCUCUUUUGUUGACCACCAGCAUUACGCGUCCCGUUUUUAAGUUUGGAAUAGAGUAGUUGCUUUGGAAGACGAUCAUCAGGCAUCUGCACAACAUGACCGGUCCAACAAAGUUGAUGCUGAAGAAAUGUUGCUUUGACACUGGUGAUCUUUGCUUCUUCCAGUACACUGGCAUUAGUUCGCCUGUCUUCCCAAGUGAUGUGUAAAAAUUUUCAUAGACUCCGUUGAUGGAGUCUUUCGAGGAGUUGGAGAUGGCGUUUAUACAUUCUGGACUGGAAUCGUGAAGGACACCAGGUUGCGCCCAGGCUGCUGCAGCCUCUCACGGCCUUCCUCUGGCUCCUGCAUCCUGUUGCAUCACUGUAUUGACCCCUUUCUCCUUCCUGCUCCACAGUGCUCCAAUGAGUCUGUGCUGGCCGCAACUUUCCACCCUACGGAGCCGACACUUCUCAUUACCUGCGGGAAAUCUCACAUCCACUUCUGGACGCUGGAGGGAGGCAGCCUCAGCAAGAGGCAGGGCAUUUUCGAGGUGAGAGCAGGAUCGGAAGGGAGAGGGAGAAGCUGCAGAGGAUUGUGGGUAGGCCAGGAUUGGGGUGGUUGGCGGGCUCCCCCCCCCCCCCAUCUAGCUCCUGGUCGCAUCAACAGGCUUCCACAGAAGGGAUUCCUGGCGGAUUCUGCACAGAAAUCUUGCCCGGAUCCCUCUUCAGUUCGGUGGGUUACAAACUGUAUCCUGAGAAGUACAGGGACCGGUUCCCCUCUCUUCCACAAAGCACUUUGCAUGGCCAUGUGGGGGGCGGCAAGGGGGCUGUUCCCCUUGUUUUCUUGGUCAGCCUCCUUUCUCCAGACGGGGUAAAACCAGGGAGAUGCCUUGUGCGACUCCGCGAAACGAAACCUGUUAAAAUACAGGUUUUACAGAGCAUUCUAAAGAUUUGAAAAAUGCACGUCACACGUAUCGCUUCAGUAAUACAGUGGUUCCUUGGUUCUCAAACUUAAUCUGUUCCGGAAGUCCAUUCCAAAACCAAAGCAUUCCAAAACCAAGGUGCAUUUCCGCAUAGAAAGUAAUGCAAAACGGACUAAUCCGUUCUGGACUUUUAAAAACAACCCCUAAAACAGCAAUUUAACAUGGAUUUUACUAUCUAACGAGACCAUUGAUCCAUAAAAUGAAAGCAAUAGUCAAUGUACUGUACUAUAAAAUGAAUAAGACAGUAUUGUAGAUGAUAAAAAUUAAAAUUAUUUUUCCCCCUUACCUGCACUGAUGACAGUCAUUGUUUGGACGGGGGGCUUUUAUCCAUUUCUACAGUCACACAAUCAAUCAAUAGCUGAACUGGGUUCCACACAGUCACAAAAACCAAUUAACCAAAAAAGCCUCAAAAACAAAAACGCAAAAUAAAUAGCAAAAACAAAAGUGCCAAACUUAAUCCAUUGCGGAAGUCUGUUUGACUUCCAAAAUGUUCGAAAACCAAGGCGCAGCUUCUGAUUGGUGCAGGCGCCGUGGAAACAGUAGCUGACAGCCGCAUCGGAUGUUCGGCUUCCGAAAAGCGUUCGAAAACCGGAACACUUACUUCCAGGUUUUCGGCGUUUGAGAACCAAGGUACCACUGUAUUGCUUCCGUGAUAACUAACUGCGAGGCCAAGAGUGGGUCUUGUUGUCUGGGCAGCCCAGGACCUCCAUAUGCGCUGCUCAGGCUUGCGCCCCCGAAGGCAAUUUGGGCGCUGCUAACGCUGCGGUUUGAUUCGCCCCUGGAGGUGCACUCCAUUGCCUCUUGAGACAAACGUAUGCCAAGCAACAUAUGACCCAAUUGGACCCAGCCACCAUUGCUGAUUUGCUUUGUUCUCUUUAUUGCAUGUCUACCCAGCCUGUUCCUCCCAAGGAGCGGUGACAUUCAUGGUUCCGUUCCUCCUCAUUUAAUCCCCACAACAUCCUUGCAAGGCAGGUUAGGCUGAGAGGCAGUGGCCGUCCCCCAAAGUCACCCAGUGAGCUUCAGGGCCAAGCAAGGAUUUGAACCCUCUUCCCUCCCAGGUCCCAGUCCAUAGCAAGUCACUAGCUCUCGAACUGCAGACAAGAUGGGGAUUUCUGCUUCAUUUGCUCUUUGGGACUGGGGGGCACUUUCCCAACCCCACCCAGCCAAACCAGUUGAACCAACUACUGUGUGUGCGCACACACACAAAUACGGUCCUGAAGAACCAGUUCAGAUCUGUUUGCUAAAGGGGUUGACUCUCAAACUUUCUUGCUGAGUGAGCUUUCAUGCCCAGGUUUCAAUAAUAAUAAUAAUUUUUAUUUAUACCCCGCCCUCCCCGGCCAAGACCGGGCUCAGGGCAGCUAACACCCGAUAUAAAAACAAAUUGAUUGGAGCUUCCGGGUUAGCGCCAUCGCCGAAUGGCGGACUCCCUCCGAGCUCCGGAGGGAGUCUGCUCGGCAGGGGCUGGGUCCUACCGCGCCGGCGACGCGGGGACCCUUAAAAACCACGGGCACGGAGUCCGUGGACAUGGGUGACUCGGCUUGCACCAUUAGCGCCCUCCCGACUCGUGAAGGAGCCUUUUAAAGGCUUCGGAUCGGGUGCCGGGGAGUGGCGUGGUGCUUUGAGUCCACUGCUUUCCCUGCCGAGCGCAGCCGCAUGCCAUUCGACGGAGAGCGCUGACUUCUUCUAUUGAAAAUUUGGACUAUUAACAACAACCCGUGAGUAAUUGGGAAACCGGGUUCAAAAUUUUGGAUUUGGCACGAGCGGGGCGAUUUAAAAGGAAGUCAAUCCCCCUAUUGUAAGCAUUCCAAAACAAGGACUGGGUAACCAAGGUCCAAAGGGAAGUAUGUCUCUGAUAAAAAUCAUUAAUUUCACGAUGGGAAAUUAUAAGAAAUGUGCUGGAGGAGAAGAGUGGAGGGUGAGAAGAAAAAUGCAACCCCCCCCCUGGGAACCGGGCGAUUCGUGGAGCCUGGUGAAGAGAGACGGAGACUUUGACAGCUGUCAAAGUGGCUGUCAAAGCUGGAGAAUAUAAAGAGGACUUUAUGAGGACCUUGCUGGUAAAUUUUGCUACAAUUUGCUAUAAUAUGGAUAUAAACUGUUGGAAAAUAAGCAACAAUUUGACUUUUGGAUUAGAGGAUACAAAGUUAUUACAAUCCCCUAGAGGGGUUUCAGGAUACUACAAGAACGGUCGUAAGUGGAAAAAUACCCUGGGAUUCGCACAGGAUUUGUUAUCUUCUGGGAAAGCUGCAAAACUGAAAGAGUAUUUUGUCUACAGAGGAAGACAAUGGAAUUUUUAUUGAAGAAAGAAAGGGACUGGACGUAAGUUUUUGUUCCUGAAUAACAAACCUCUGCAGAGACACUAGAUUUCUGAAUUAGAAAGUUUUAGCAGCUGAACAGGACAAGAAACCUGAGAAAGUGAGGAAUAAGAAGAAUAAAGGACUGAUUACGACACGGAAAGAACAACGGGAGGAGUGGUAAAGAUCAAGGAAAUUAAAGGCCUUUGUUAGAUUGGACAUUUGAAGUCAAAUAUUAUUUAAAUUAAUAAACUAAAAGAAAACCGGCAAGAUGGAAUCGGGGAGAAAUCUGGUCAUGAAAUGAGACUUCCAAGCUGAUAAUGUAUAGACUGAUGGACAUGGGGAAUUCAAACCGGGAAGGGGGCAGAUUUGAAAUCCAAAGGCUGUGUAACCAUUUUUUGAACUUUUCUAUAUCUCUUAUUUUCUAUUUCUUUACAUAACUUACGCAUGUUAUUUUACUUUGAUCGGACGUGUUUAAAAAAAAGGGAAUUUGUGGAAGGAACUGGGGUGGAUCUUGGGGAAAAUCUUUUUCUUUUUCUGUUAAUGAUGUGGGACGGUGGUAAGAUUUGUACAAUUCAAUUUGGAUAGUGGGUUAAACAAAUUAAGCUUUAAAUUUGGGAGUGAGAGCUUGUAGAACCAAAUUAAGGAAAGGGGAAUACAAUUGGGGGAGGGGGAGUUCCAGAAAGUAGGGAAUGACAGGACGGUUUUUAAAUAUCUUCUUUCUUUUGUCUUUUUUCUUUGUACUUUUAUAUUUUUGGAAACUUUAAUAAAUAUGAUUUAAAAAAAAAAUAAAAACAAAUUGAUUGAAAUGCAACUUAAAAACAAGAUUAAAAUACAACAUUAAAACAUUAAAAGACAGCCUCGUUUCAAUGGAAACUCAAAUCUAAAACUUUUUUGGGGGAUGAAAACGUCAAGUCUUCACCAAGGCGAAGUUUCCAGACUGGUCCUACGUGGGCCAGAAAAAAGCCAGGGAAGUCCCCAAAUGGGAGUUCCAUCACAGAAGGAGAAAGGAAAAAGGAAAGAGGGGGAGAGGAUCAAAUUGAUUCCAAGCCAAAGGCCAGGCGGAACAACUCUGUCUUGCAGGCCCUGCGGAAAGAUGUCAAGUCCUGGUCUCAUGAGACAGAGCAUUCCAUCAGGCUGGGGCCAGUGUUGAAAAGGCCCUGGCUCUGGUUGAGGCUAAUCUGACUUCCUUAGGGCCCAGGACCUCUAGGGUGUUGCUAUUUAUGGACCUUAAGGUCCUCCGUGGGGCAGACCGGGAGAGGCAGUCCCGUAGGUACGAGGGUCCUAGGCCGUGAAGGGCUUUAAAGGUCAAAACCAGCACCUUGAAACUGACUCUGUACUCCACCGGGAGCCAGUGCAGCUGGAAAAGCACUGGGUGAAUAUGCUCCCAUGGCAGAGACCCCGUGAGGAGCCUCGCUGCAGCAUUCUGCACCCGCUGGAGUUUCUGGGACAGCUUCAAGGGCAGCCCCGCGUAGAGACAAUUACAGUAGUCAAGCCUGGAGGUGACCGUUGCAUGGAUCACUGUGGCCAGAUUGGGGCGGGAAUGGUGCUGUUGUCUUGCUGGCCAGCUCUCCUUAGAAGUGGGGUGAAGUGGGAGCUUCAGGAUGGAUUUGGGGUGGUUUUCCUGCCCCCUCUCCUCCCUGUUUUUGAGGCUCACCUGUUUUCCUUCCGCAGAAACACGAGAAGUCCAAAUAUGUCCUGUGUGUGGCUUUCACAGAGAAUGGGGACACUGUGACCGGAGAUUCUGGGGGGAACCUUUACAUUUGGGGGAAAGGUCAGUUUGGGAAUGGGGCGAGGAGAGAUGGGAUUGGGUUGAGGUGCUCCUAAAUAGCAGCUCUGUCUGGUUGGGCUAGCUGGGUGCUCUUGAGUGUUUCUACACAGCUAAAUUUGUGAGUUGCUGCAGGGACACAUAAUUAUUUCACCCUUGCUGAAUCCCUCAGUUGCCUUUUCUCACGCGCGGUUCAUUCCCUAUCUCGUACCGACCAGUCACAUAACCAUGUUAGCAUUUUAUUAAGCGCCUGUAAUAUUCCGCUGGUAGGACGCGAGUGGCGCUGUGGAUUAAACGACAGAGCCUAGGGCUUGCCGAUCAGAAGGUCGGUGCUUCGAAUCCCCAUGACAGGGUGAGCUCCCGUUGCUUGGUCUUCUCCUGCCAACCUAGCAGUUCGAAAGCACGUCAAAGUGCAAGUAGAUAAAUAGGUACCGCUCCGGCGAGAAGGUAAAUGGCGUUUCCGUGCGCUGCUCUGGUUCGCCAGAAGCGGCUUAGUCAUGCUGGCCACAUGACCUGGAAGCUGUACGCCGGCUCCCUCGGCCAGUAAAGCGAGAUGAGCGCCGCAACCCCAGAGUCAGCCACGACUGGACCUAAUGGUCAGGGGUCCCUUUACCUUUACCUUUACCUAACAUUCCUCUUGCAUGAUGUUAGCGAAGCUGGUUUCUACUGCAGAAUAGAAAUUCUUUCCAGGUUCUGUCCUGGGCAGGGGGGAAGGUUGUCCCGUCUAACAGUGUUGUCCUUCGCCUGGCAGGGGGGAACAGGAUUUGCCAUGCAGUGCCAGGAGCCCACGAAGGGGGUAUCUUUGGCUUGUGCGUGCUGCGGAACGGGACCAUCGUCACAGGAGGCGGCCGGGACCGCAGAGUCGUGCUCUGGGGACGGGAUUACCAGAAGCUGCAGGAGAAUGAGGUAUUGCGGCCGGCCGGGUGGAUUCCUGCCUCCUUAGGGUAGCAGCAGUUCAUGCCUUGCUUGGACCCAGACAUGGCCGAAGGUGCUGUGGAACGAGGGAUCAUAGAAUCACAGAACUGUAGAGUUGGAAGGGGCUCCAGCGGUCAUCUGGUCCAACCCCCUGCCAUGCAGGAACAACACGUAACCAAACAAACUCCUGUGUUGCAAAGAGAACAUCAGCAAUGUCUAGACAACACGAUGACCAUGUACAUACGCAAUGUUGUUGUUUAGUCGUGUCCGACUCCUCGUGACCCCAUGGACCAGAGCACGCCAGGCACUCCUGUCUUCCACUGCCUCCCGCAGUUUGGUCAAACUCAUGCUGGUAGCUUCGAGAACACUGUCCCACCAUCUCGUCCUCCGUCGUCCCCUUCUCCUUGCGCCCUCCAUCUUUCCCAACAUCAGGGUCUUUUCCAAAGAGUCUUCUCUUCUCCUGAGGUGGCCAAAGUCUUGGAGCCUCAGCUUCAGGAUCUGUCCUUCCAGUGAGCACUCAGGGCUGAUUUCCUUCAGAAUGGAGAGGUUUGAUCUUCUUGCAGUCCAUGGGACUCUCAAGUGUCUCCUCCAGCACCACAAUAUUCCUUCAAACCAUAACAAGUACAAAAUGAAAUCUUCAGUCUCAAAGUCUCUGAAAAUCUUUAAAUGAAGCAAGGUAGCAGACUUUGUACGAUGAAAGACAAGCUGUGAAGCUUUGUGUAUUCAGCAAAUAUGAUGUUCAACACUGAACAGAGAUUCCAGAUAUUGACUAUUGUUACAUAGAAUUCUUCGUCAGCGUGGUGGGAGGAUAUAGAAUCGCUUCAUGAACCCACCUUAUUUUAAAUGAAUGUAUGUAAAUGAAAAUAUCAAAUGCUGUGGAACAGUGCUCAUGCAAUAAUGUAGUCACAGCAUUCGAUAUUUGAUGAAGAAUUCUACGAAACAGGAGACAAAGCUUCACAGCUUGUCUUUCAUCGUACAAAGUCUGGUACCUCGGUUCACUUAAAGAUUUCCAGAGACUUUGAGACUGAAGAUUUCGUUUUGUACUUGUUAUGGUUUGAAGGAAUUCUAUAAUAAUAAUAAUAAUAAUAAUAAUAAUAAUAAUAAUAAUAAUUUAUUUAUUAUUUAUACCCCGCCCAUCUGGCUGGGCUUCCCCAGCCACUCUGGGCGGCUUCCAACCAAAUAUUAAAAUACAGUAAUACUGUAUAAUAUAAUACAAUAUAAAUAUAAUACAAUAUAAAGAUUGUCUAUUGCGUAUGUACAUGGCCAUCGUGUUGCCUAGGUAUUGCUGAUGCAGAAACCACACGCCAGGCCUGCGAGGUGGGACUUCUAGCUUCUUGGCACAACUCCAGCAGGGGAACAGAGGCACGAGAACUUCCUUCGUUGCUGGUUCAUGUUACAGAGGUCCUCUAGUUCAGCACCUGACCUUCUGGCAGCUAACAGCCAGCUGCAAAUUUAUUACUUAUACCCCACCCAUCUCCCCAGCCACUCUGGGUGGCUCCCAACAGAAUAUUUUGUUGUUUAGUUGUCUUAGUCCUGUUCCACUCUCCGUGACCCCAUAAACCAGAGCAUGCCUUGGAAACACUCACUUUCUUCUCAAAGCUUCUCCAGGCAAAAUACUGGAGUGGUUUGCCAGUUCCUUCUCCAGGUGGAUCACAUUUAGUCUAAACUCUCGGCUAUGACUUGUCCGUCGUGGGUGGCCCUGCAGGGCAUAGCUCAUCGCUUCUCUGAGUUAUUCAAGCCCCUUCGCCACGGCAAGGCAGUGAUCCAGGACAGGAUAUUAGAAACACAAUAAAAGAUCAAACAUUAAAAACUUCCCUGCACAGGGCUGCCUUCAGAUGUCUUCUAAAAGUCAGAGAGUUGUUUAUUUCCUUGAUAUCUGAGGGGAGGGCGUUCCACAGGGCGGGGGCCACCACCGAGAAGGUCCUCUGCCUGGUUUGAGAGGUUUACAAAUGGCGCAGGAUGGCAUCUUCUGCUGUUAACCCCCCCCCCCCCAGCACUUGCUAGUUGGCAGUGAACUGUCUCUGAACUGUCUCUGACCACUGUCACAGUGGUCAGAUCUGCCAACAGGUGAAAUCUUUUUUUAAAAAAAGUAUAAUGCAUUCAUUCAAUAAGCUCAUUUGCUCAUGUUUAACCUCAGUGGUGCUUUUUUCGGGUACCUAUUUGUAAGUAUGUUUGCUUACUCCAGUUAGAUACAGGAGUCUUACAAUACAAAACAUACUUGACAGAUGUAUAGAACUAGGCCAAAUACAUAUACAAGAUGAGAUUUCAAGGAAGCAAAUGUAAGAAUAUGUUACAGGUGGGCAACAAGAUUUAUGUUAUGAAACUGAAUACAAGUAUCGGGUGACACCUGGUUUGAGAGCAGUACAUGUAUAAAGGAUCUACGAGUCUAUCAAUUGACCAGAAAAUUUGACAUGAUGCAUCAUAGAUGGUAUACGUCGCCAGACAGGUUAGCAAAAUGCAAUAAUCUGGGCUGCAUCAAUACGUGUAUAGCAUGUAGAUCAAUGGAAGUGAUUGGUACCACUGUAUCAUCUGCUGCUGGUCAGAUCUCACCUGAAGUACUGUGAAUCAUGAUACAUGAGGCACCACAGUUCAAGAAGGACACUGACAAACUGGAACGUGUCAGAGGAGGGCAACCAAAAUGGUCAAAGGCCUGGAAACGAUGCCUUAUGAGGAACGGCUAAGGGAGCUGGGCAUGUUUAGCCUGGAGAAGAGGAGGUUAAGGGGUGAUAUGAUAGCCAUGUUCAAAUAUAUAAAAGGAUGUCACAUAGAGGAGGGAGAAAGGUUGUUUUCUGCUGCUCCAGAGAAGCGGACACGGAGCAAUGGAUCCAAACUACAAGAAAGAAGAUUCCACCUAAACAUUAGGAAGAACUUCCUGACAGUGAGAGCUGUUCGACAGUGGAAUUUGCUGCCAAGGAGUGUGGUGGAGUCUCCUUCUUUGGAGGUCUUUAAGCAGAGGCUUGACAACCAUAUGUCAGGAGUGCUCUGAUGGUGUUUCCUGCUUGGCAGGGGGUUGGACCCGAUGGCCCUUGUGGUCUCUUCCAACUCUAGGAUUCUAUGAUUCUAUCACAUAAUAAAAAGCAAAUCACCACUUGCAAACUCUUUCGGACGGACGUCUCUGCUAGCCCUGUCUGGGCAUCUUCUGCUCUCCCUGAGGGGGUCUCUGUUUUCCUCUCCCUGCAGGUGCCUGAGGGAUUUGGGCCAGUGCGCACCAUUGCAGAGGGGAAGGGCGACUCCCUCUUUGUGGGCACCACCCGCAACUCAGUGCUCCACGGAUCGUUGGCGACUGGCUUCUCCCUCCUAGUGCAGGUAAUAUAAUAAUAAUAAUUUAUUAUUUAUACCCCACCCAUCUGGCUGAGUUUCCCCAGACACUCUGGGCGGCUCCCAGUCGAAUGUUAAAAACAACACAGCAUUAAAUAUUAAAAACUUCCCUGAACAGGGCUGCCUUCAGAUGUCUUUUAAAGAUAAGAUUAUUUCUUUCACAUCUGGGGGGAGGGUGUUCCACAGGGCGGGCGCCACCACCGAGAAGGCCCUCUGCCUGGUUCCCUGUAACCUCACUUCUCACAGGGAGGGAACUGCCAGAAGGCCCUCGGAGCUGGACCUCAGUGUCUGGGCAGAAUGAUGGGGGUGGAGACGCUCUUUCAGGUAUACAGGGAAGGAGGAGGGCAGCUACUGCGCAGGUUUAUGUCUGGAUUCGAAGAGGUGUGGUGACUGGGUACCACUGGGGUGACUGAUAAGGACCCCAAAAGAGCUCUGCCGGAUUAGGCCAAUGGCCCUUCUGAACCAGCGUCCUGUUCUCACAGUGGCCAACCAGGUGCCCCAAGGGGAAAUCUGCAAGCCGGACCCGAGUGCGAGAGCGGGUCUCCUCUGCUGUGCUGUCCAGCAACUGGCGUUGCUCCCUCCAACUGUGGAGGCCUUCAUCACGGCUAGUAGCCAUCAAUAGCCCUUUCCUCCUCCAUGAACUUAUCUAAUCUUCAUUUAAAGCCAUCCUUCUUGGUGGCCAUCGCUGCCUCCUGUGGCAGGGAGUUCCAUAGGAAAACAUUUUCCAAGAAACAGAUAAAAGUUCCUUUAAGUUUUAAAGAGGGUUCCAGAAUUUUCUUUAGUGGCACUCGUGGCUUGACGGGUCUCAGCUGGAGGUGCGGAUAAAGGGAGGAAGUUGCAGUCUGCAAUUUCAGCACAAGGAAAACACACAUACGCACGCUGAGUUAUACUGUGCUGGAGAGAUAUAUUUAAUUUUUUAAUUUAAUUUAAUUUAUUAUUUAUACCCCGCCCAUCUGACUGGGUCUCCCCAGCCACUCUGGGCGGCAUCCAAAAGAAUAUCAAAAACAAUACAGCGUCAGACAUUAAAAACUUCCCUAAACAGGGCGGCCUUCAGUUGUCUUUUAAAAGUAAAAUAAUUGUUUAUUGCCUUGACAUCUGGUGGGAGGGCGAUCCACAGGGCGGGCGCCACCACCGAGAAGGCCCUCUGCGCUGGACCUGUGUCCGGGCAGAACGAUGGGGGUGGAGAUGCUCCUUCAAGUAUACUGGGCCGAGGCCGUUUAGGGCUUCAAAGGUCAGCACCAACACUUUGAAUUGUGCUCGGAAACGUACUGAGAGCCAAUGCAGAUCUCUCAGUACCGGUGUUAUGUGGUCCCGGCGGCCAGUCCCAGUCACCAGUCUAGCUGCCGCAUUCUGGAUUAAUUGCAGUUUCUGGGUCAUCUUCAAAAGUAGCCCCACAUAGAGCGUAUUGCAGUAGUCCAAGUGGGAGAUAACCAGAGCAUGCACCACUCUGGCGAGACAGUCUGCGGGCAGGGAGGGUCUCAUCCUGCGUACCAGACGGAGCUGGUAAACAGCUGCCCUGGACACAGAAUUAACCUGCGCCUCCAUGGACAGCUGUGAGUCCAAUAUAUAGAAGGCAUGUAAAUGGUUUGUAUAUAUUUGUAAUAAAUGGUUUGUAUAUAUUUGUAAUAAAUGGUUGUGCAACCAGCCAAGCAAUAAAGAAGCUCUUGACUGAGGAAUUUGACUAGGACUCCUGUUCUUGUCUACCUCCGGGGAAAUACUCUGCUAUAAACAGUGAGAAGUGGUUUUGCCGAGGUGCCACCACGCAAGCAGAAAGCGGAGCCGAAGUGUGUGGGCGGUAACCUCUAAUACCAUAAGCUAUCCAUGCGCUGUGUGAAAAAGGGUUUUCUUUUCCCUGCCCUGAAUCCUCCAACAGCGCAAAUCAAGCACCAACUAGUUCUAGAGCAGGGGUGGCCAACUCUCAAUAGACUGCAAUCUACUUUCAGAAUUAUAAACUGGCAGUGAUCUACCUUUACCUAAUAUUCCGCUUCCAUGAUGUUCUUGGGGGGCUCAGCUCAAAGUUGCUGAGGAGAAGAGCCCUGUUUUUUGGGGGGGGGGGUUAUAAAAUAAGCUUUCAGGGGGGGGUUCCAUUUUUUGGGGGGUUAAAGGCAAGGGACAUGGGUGGCGCUGUGGGUUAAACCACAGAGCCUAGGGCUUGCCAAUCAGAAGGUCGGCGGUUCGAAUCCCCGCGACGGGGUGAGCUCCCGUUGCUCGGUCCCAGCUCCUGCCAACCUAGCAGUUCGAAAGCACCUCAAAGUGCAAGCAGAUAAAUAGGUACCACUCCGGCGGGAAGGUAAACGGCGUUUCCAUGCGCUGCUCUGGUUCGCCAGAAUCGGCUUAGUCAUGCUGGCCACAUGACCCGGAAGCUGUACGUUGGCUCCCUCGGCCAAUAAAGCGAGAUGAGCGCCGCAACCCCAGAGUCGGCCAUGACUGGACCUAAAGGUCAGGGGUCCCUUUACCUUUAAAGGCAAGGGAAAAAGGGGUAAAGUCACUCAUAAAAAGAUCGCUAUGGAUCAAAACAGCAGCACAGAGAAAUCUCCGUCUUCCCUUCCAGAGAUCAUACAACAAUGGAGGGCAGGAGUCAGUUUUAGCAACGCUAAGGAAAGGGAGCCAAGAGAUCGACCGCGAUCUACCAAAACCUCGCAGGGAUCUACCAGUAGAUCAUGACUGACCUGUUGGACAUCCCUGUUCUAGAGUGAUGAGACUUUUGAUUAUCCACUUUUGCCAUGCCGUGAAUAAUUGUACGAAUUUGCACCUUGUUGCCUCUUACUCCAAACUAUUAAAAGAAGUCCCAAAGGCUCCAGUCUUCCUUCAACGGACGACCCUUGAUAGUUUUGCUUGCAGUGGGAGACCCGGGUGACCGUAGUCUUCCUCUCUCUCCCUUUUCCCCAGGGACACACGGAAGAACUCUGGGGCCUGGCCACCCACCCGGCUUUGGACCAGUUCCUGACCUGCGGGCAAGACAAGCAGGUUCACCUGUGGAGCGUGGCCACCCACCAGCCCCUGUGGAGCAAGGGGAUCGAGGUGGGUUCUUGUGCCGGGUAGGGGGGCAGAGGGGAGGACUGGGUUGGGGAACGUGGGCGGGCAUUCCAUGGGGGGUUCUAUGUGAGGGGCAGGUGGGGAGCCCUUCUAGGAGAACUCUGACCCCAAACCUCCGCUGCCUUGUGGGAUAUCUUCAGGGGAAGAAAGAGUUCACAAGUAAACCCUACGCAAAUCUGGAGGGGUAUCCCUAAGACGGUUGGAUGGUGCCUUGUACGCCUCCUUCCUGCAGCCAAGCUGGUGCCAAAUGUCUUGCUCUGCUUUCCUUUGGUGAGGCUGAGGAUGGGGGGGGUCUUGUCCUCUGGGCAGCCCAGGACCUCCAGACACACUGCCCAGGCUUGCGCCCCGGGAAGAUCACUUGGGUGAUGCCAAUGCAGUUCCAUGGGAUCCCUCCCUCCCCAAUUCCCUGGUGACAUAAAAUGGUUCCCAUGCUUAGUGCUACACAUCCCAUAAUUGCACUUCCUUUCUCUGUCUCCUGCAGGACGCAGCUCGCUCGGCUGGCUUCCAUCCCAGCGGCUCUGUUCUAGUGGUGGGCACCGUAACUGGCAGGUAAUUAUUAUUAUUUACAGUGGUACCUCGGGUUACAGAUGCUUCAGGUUACAGACUCCACUAACCCAGAAACAGUACCUUGGGUUAAGAACUUUGCUUCAGGAUGAGCGGUGCGGCAGCAGCAGGAGGCCCAAUUAGCUAAAGUAGUACCUCAGGUUAAGAACAGUUUCAGCUUAAGAACGGACCUCCAGAAUGAAUUAAGUUCUUAACCCGAGGUACCGCUGUAUUGGACGCGGGUAGCGCUGUGGUCUAAACCACUGAGCCUAGGACUUGCCGAUCAGAAGAUUGGCAGUUCGAAUCCCCGCGACGGGGUGAGCUCCCGUUGCUUGGUCCCUGAUCCUGCCAACCUAGCAGUUCGAAAGCACGUCAAAGUGCAAGUAGAUGUGAAAAGUGAAGUUACAGGGAACCAGGCAGAGGGCCUUUUUGGUGGUGGCGCCCGCCCUGUGGAACGCCCUCCCACCAGAUGUCAAAGAAAUAAACAACUAUCUGACAUCUGAAGGCAGCCCUGUUUAGGGAAGUUUUUAAUAUUUAAUGCUGUAUUGUUUUUAACAUUCGAUUGGGAGCCGCCCAGAGUGGCUGGGGUAUAAAUAUUUAUUUAUUUAUUUAUUUAUUUAUUUAUUGGUAGCCAAUUAAUUUCCUCAGGGUUUCAGACAAGGGCCCUGCCUGGAGAUGGUAAUGAUGAUUUGAAUUUGCAUACCAUUCUUCACCCAAGGUUCGCAGGGCGGUUCGCAAUAUUAAAAGCACAAAACAAGAACACAAAAUUCGUAAUAAAACGAAGCGCAUUUAAAAGGCCGUAGAAUGUUAACCAGCCGAAAGCCCUAAAGAGAAACUUGAAGAUAUGUCAUGAACGUGCCAAGCGAGAGAUUAAACCCGGGUCCUUCUGCGUGCAAGGCACAUGCUUCCCCUCUGAACUCUGGCCCUCCCCCAAAAUCAGUCCAACAGAUCUGAUUAUUUUUUUUCCUCUGGGGAGUCUUUUCCUCCCCUCCUGUCCUGCCACCACACAGCCAAAUAAACUGUCGCUUGGCCUCCUGGAAAACUUUCCCCUUCCUUCUCUGCUUCAAUUCAGGUGGCUGGUGCUGGACACGGAGACCCGAGAUCUGGUGACCAUCCACACGGAUGGAGGGGAGCCCAUUUCUGUGGUCAGCUUCUCCCCAGGUAGGAGAUGUGGUGGUGGGGGAGAGGGGUACGGAGGGAGGAGCCAAGAGGUGGGUUUGGAAGGGAGGUUGCGGCAGAAUCCUACCGUGAUCUGUUGGUUUGUCUUUGCGUUUAGCUGCUGCUGUUGCUGCUGCUGUUGAAUUGUGAUAUCUGCAAGUAGCUUUCUUCCGCCUGGGAAAGGCAAGCAGAGCAUUCGCUGUUAAGAUAGGAGGGCUUGUCCUCUAAGUUCGUUCCUUCGUUCCUUAACGGAAGGAGCGUAAAGAGCUUUGGGUCAGACCAAAGAUUCGGCUAGUUGGCCGGGGGGAGAGGGCAUCCUGACACCAAACUGGGAGGGGUGGCUAACACCCCAGAGGACAGGAUCACACUUCAAAACGACCUUGACAGAUUAGAGAAGUGGGCCAAAACAAACAAGAUGAAUUUUAACAGGGAGAAAUGUAAAGUAUUGCACUUGGGCAAAAAAAUGAGAGGCACAAAUACAAGAUGGGUGACACCUGGCUUGAGAGCAGUACAUGUGAAAAGGAUCUAGGAGUCUUGGUUGACCACAAACUUGACAUGAGCCAACAGUGUGACGCGGCAGCUAAAAAGCCAAUGCAAUUCUGGGCCGCAUCAAUAGGAGUAUAGCAUCUAGAUCAAGGGAAGUAAUAGUGCCACUGUAUUCUGCUCUGGUCAGACCUCACCUGGAGUACUGUGUCCAGUUCUGGGCACCACAGUUCAAGAAGGACAUUGACAAACUGGAACGUGUCCAGAGGAGGGCAACCAAAAUGGUCAAAGGCCUGGAAACGAUGCCUUAUGAGGAACGGCUAAGGGAGCUGGGCAUGUUUAGCCUGGAGAAGAGGAGGUUAAGGGGUGAUAUGAUAGCCAUGUUCAAAUAUAGAAAAGGAUGUCACAUAGAGGAGGGAGAAAGGUUGUUUUCUGCUGCUCCAGAGAAGCGGACACGGAGCAAUGGAUCCAAACUACAAGAAAGAAGAUUCCACCUAAACAUUAGGAAGAACCUCCUGACAGUAAGAGCUGUUUGACAGUGGAAUUUUCUGCCAAGGAGUGUGGUGGAGUCUCCUUCUUUGGAGGUCUUUAAGCAGAGGCUUGACAACCAUAUGUCAGGAGUGCUCUGAUGGUGUUUCCUGCUUGGCAGGGGGUUGGACUCGAUGGCCCUUGUGGUCUCUUCCAACUCUAGGAUUCUAUGAUUCUAUGAUUCUAUGAUCCUGUCUCCCAGUGACCAGCCAAAUGCCUAUGGGAGCCCACAAGCAGAACAUGAAUGCAAUUGCUCUCUCUCCCUCCUGCGAUUCCCAGCAAAUUAUUAUUAUUAUUAUUAUUAUUAUUAUUAUUAUUCCACCCUAUACCCGGGUGUCUCAGGGUGGUUCACAGAAUAAAAUCAAGAUAUAAAACCACAAAAUACCUAAUAGAAAUAAAAACAACAUAAUAGCUUGCCCCCCAAAAAAACACAUUUUAAAAGGGCAUAAGAUGUCAGUCAGAUCAACCAAAGGCCUGGUUAAAAAGGAAUGUUUUUGCCUGGCGCCUAAAGGUGUAUAAUGAAGGCGCCAGGCGAACUUCCAUGGGGAGAGCAUUCCACAGAUGGGGAGCCACUGCAGAUAAGGCCCUGUUCUUGUGUUGCCACCCUCCAGACCUCUCACGGAGGCAGCACACAAAGAAGGGACUCAAAAAAUGACCUCAGGGUCCAGUUCAUAUGGAAAGAGGCGGUCCUUGAGGUAUUGCGGUCCUGCGCCAUUUAAGGCUUUAUAGGUCAAAACCAGCCCUUUGAAUGGGGCCCGGAAGCUAAUUGGUAGCCAGUGCGGUCAGACCAGGAUCAGUGUAAUAUGCUCAAACCAUCUUGCUCCAGUGAGCAACCUGGCCACUGAAUUCUGCACCAGCUGGAGUUUCCGAACCGUCUUCAGAGGCAGCCCUACUUAUAAUACGUUGGGAUUUGGAGGGACACUGAAUCCCAGAGAUAUGUUGUUGCACUGUUCAAUUUGUUUUUAACAACGCUUAUGCAAUUUUCUAAUUUUUUUUUUUCCGGGUUGGGAAUAUUCUCCGGGACCUUUUCAGUGGAAAGCAAUGUUCAAAUAUUACCAACCCCCCCCCCAAGCCUAUUGGAACUUACUCCUUCGGAAGGUGGUGGACUCUCCUUCCUUGGAGGUUUUUAAAUAGAGGUUGGAUGGCCGUCCGUCACGGAUGCUUCAGCUGAGAUUCCUGCAUUGCAGGGGGUUGGACUGGAUGUCCCUCGGGGUCCCUUCCAACUCUACCGCUCUCUGAUUCUAAGUGUGCACUGGAGACUAAAAAUUCUCAGCUGCAUUGAGACCCCCAUUUUGCCUUCCAGUGUCUGCCCUCCCCUCCAGUCCCCUGACUCUUGCGUUUGUGCUUUGCAGAUGGUAAAUACCUGGCCCUCGGCUCCCACGACAACUUUGUCUACAUCUACCUGGUUUCUGAGGGUGGCAGGAAGUAUGGGCGCGUCGGCAAGUGUUCGGUGAGUGGAGGCAGAACGAAAGACAUUCUGCCGAGAAAGAUUCCCUUCCUUCCUCCCUUGACUUCCUUUCACCCAAAGGUUACAACAUCCAAAAUGCCACGUUUAAAAACAACUUACAAUCACAAUAUAAGGCGGGUGCUAAAGAUACACGAAAAGGGACACGGGUGGCGCUGUGGGUUAAACCACAGAGCCUAGGACUUGCCGAUCAGAAGGUUGGUGGUUCGAAUCCCCGCAACGGGGUGAGCUCCCGUUGCUUGGUCCCAGCUCCUGCCAACCUAGCAGUUCGGAAGCACGUCAAAGUGCAAGUAGAUAAAUAGGUACCACUCCGGCGGGAAGGUAAACGGCGAUUCCGUGCGCUGCUCUGGUUCGCCAGAAGCAGCUUAGUCCUGCUGGCCACAUGACCCGGAAGCUGUACGCCGGCUCCCUUGGCCAGUAAAGUGAGAUGAGCACCGCAACCCCAGAGUCGGUCACGACUGGACCUAACGGUCAGGGGUCCCUUUACCUUUACCUUAAAGAUACACAGUGGACACUCGGGUUGCGAACGUGAUCUGUGCGGGAGGCACGUCUGCAACCCACAGCACCGUGUCUGCGCACAUGUGGGUUGUGAUCUGGUGUUUCUGCGCAUGCGCGAGCGCCAAAACCCAGAAGUAACCCAUUCCAGUACUUCCGGGUUUCGGCGCGUCUGUAUCCCAAAAACACGCAACCUGAAGCGUCUGUAACCUGAGAUAUGACAAUACACCUCAAGUGCUGAAAACAGGCUAAAGACUUGCGUCUCCAGGGGGUGGAAUAUUUACACCCCACUUUCCUCUAGUCCAGACUUUCCAAAGCAGCUGGCAAAAGCUUACGUAUCGCAAAAGAAACACUCAAAUCUAGUAUCAGAAGCAGAAACGUCCCUGUGGCGACAUGGCUGAACGGGAUCUCUUUGGUCCCCACUUGAGCAGUUGAGUCUGAUGUUCAGCUAUGAAGUAUUUACAGCUAUUCCGGGCAUCUUCUGUUUCAGGCACCACCUGUUGCAUCCUUGUAAGGCGGUCUUCGCCAAGCUGGUGCCCUCCAUUAUGUUUUGGACCACAACUCUCAUCAGCCCCAGCAACGGUGCUGGCUAGGGGCUGAUGGGAAUUGUUGUUGUUGUUUAGUUGUCUAGUCGUGUCCGCCUCUUCAUGACCCCCUGGACCAGAGCACGCCAGGCACUCCUGUCUUCCACUGCCUCCCGCAGUUUGGUCAAACUCAUGCUGGUAGCUUCGAGAACACUGUCCCACCAUCUCGUCCUCUGUCGUCCCCUUCUCCUUGGGCCCUCCAUUUUCCCCAACAUCAGGGUCUUUUCCAGGGAGUCUUCUCUUCUCAGGAGGUGGCCAAAGUCUUGGAGCCUCAGCUUCAGGAUCUGUCCUUCCAGUGAGCGCUCAGGACUGAUUUCCUUCAGAAUGGAGAGGUUUGAUCUUCUUGCAGUCCAUGGGACUCUCAAGAGUUCCUUCAGCACCAGAAUUCAAAAGCAUCCAUUCUUCGGCGAUCAGCCUUCUUGAUGGUCCAGCUCUCACUUCCAUACAUCACUACUGGGAAAACCAUAGCUUUAUAUCAAGGGCACCAGUUUGACAAAGGCUGCCAUAUUAAGGUAGAGAAACACUGUAAUAUUGCAAGUGGGCAGCAGAGGGAGCUGCUCUGUCAGAUAUAGGGGUCCAGCCAGCCGUACAGUAUGUCUUUUUUUAAUAAAAAAAAAAAUUAUCCUUUUGAAAAAUGGAUAAUGGUUUGUGGUGCUUCACUCCUCUGGGCAGGUACGGCUGUCCACAACAGCCUGAUUUCCUGGGCUUUUUGUGACUUGGCCCCAGGAGAUGCUGAACAACAUGAGCCUCUGGCCAUGCGCAGAGUGUCUACCUCAUCUGGGCGCAGCAAGGAGAUUAGCAGGGCACACGGUGGCCGUGAGCACCAGGGUCCUUUGCCUUGAAGGGAAAUAAAGCGCUCUGGGCUCGGUUGGUUAGAGCGUGGGGCUGAUAGUGCCAACGUCGCAGGUUCGAUCUCUUGAUGGGACAACUGCAUAAUCUUGCAUUGCAGGGGGGUUGGACUAGAUGAUCCUUGGAGGUCCCUUCCAAGUCGACGAUUCUGUGGUUUCUAAGGGGUUGUAGAGCAUUAAACAACAAUAAUAAUAAUAAUAAUAAUAAUUUUUUAUUUAUACCCCGCCCUUCCCGGUUCAAAAACUGGGCUCAGGGCGGCUAACAACAAAUUUAAAAAAACUUAAUUAUAAAAGCAGCGUAAAAUACAGUAUAAAAACAUGAAUAACAAUAAAAAUCACAAAUCAGUCAGAUAAUCCCCAGGGCUUGCUGGCUGAAUUGGUCCUACUUGGGCCAACGAGGAGGCCAGGGGAGAAUUAGCUGUGGGGUCUCAGAGCGGGUGAUCUUCAUAAAAGGGGAGGGGGAGGGAAGAGAAGGGAAGGGAAAUAAAAGGUCAGGCUGAAUUCAAAUUAAAGGCCAGGCGGAAUAGCUCUGUCUUACAGGCCCAACGGAAGGAGGUUAAAUCCUGCAGGGCCCUGGUCUCAUUGGGACAGAGCAUUCCACCAGGUCGGAGCCAUCACUGAAAAGGCCCUGGCCCUGCCAGUCUGACUUCCUUAGGGCCUGGGACCUCUAAACUGUGAUUAUUCAUGGACCUUAAGGUCCUCUGUGGGGCAGACCAGGAGAGGCGGUCCCGUAGAUAUGAGGGUCCUAAGCCACAAAGGGCUUUAAAGGUUAAAACCAGCACCUUGAACCUGACCCUGUACUCCACCAGGAGCCAGUGCAGCUGGUAUAGCACUGGGCGAAUAUGCUCCCAUGGCAGAGACCCUGUGAGGAACCUCAGGGUUAUGUGUGUAACAGGAAGUGUUGCCCUUGCAGGUAGGUGUGUGUGUGUGUGUGUCUGUCAAUCAAUCUAAAAUCUCCCCUUUGCUCUAGGGCCACUCCAGUUUCAUCACCCAUCUGGACUGGGCCUUUGACAGCAGCUGUUUGGUCACCAAUUCUGGCGAUUACGAAAUCCUGUACUGUGAGUAUAGAGUUUGGGUUCUUUUUCUUAGCGCCACCUUUGCGCUAGGAGAGGGACUAGGAGGAGUCCUCCUUAUCAGACGAUCUUCUCCUUUAGAGUCUGUUUGCACAAUCUGAGAUCUCUGCAGAAGGAGCAGCCCAGGUUCUGAUGGCAUUACGUGCUUUACAUUUUCUUGUCUGUGUCUCCUUCCUCCUCCUCCUCCUCCUGCUCCCUCCCUACAGGGGACCCCUCCACCUGCCGCCAGAUCACCAGCGCUGAGGCCGUCCGCAACAUGGACUGGGCCACGGCCACCUGCGUCCUGGGCUUUGGGGUCUUUGGUGAGUGUCUCCUGGCUGGGCGGGUGGUGUGAGCAAGAAAUAUAAUAAUAAUAAUAAUUUAUUUUUUAUACCCUGCCCAUCUGGCUGGGCUUCCCCAGCCACGCUGGGCGGCUUCCAACAAAAUAUUAAAAUACAGUAAUGCAUCAAAUAUUAAAAACUUCCCUAAACAGGGCUGCCUUCAGAAAGAAUCUGCAGGCCUCCCAAAACUGAGGCACACACUUCAUCCUUUAACCCCCUCAGACAGGAUGAUACCCUUGGCUCCGCCCAGAAGCACAAAUGGAAGAAAUAAUAACAACAAUAAUUAUUUAUACCCCAGUCGUCUGGCUGGCCAGGGGUGGUGGUCAGAGCUCCCCUACUUCCUCUUCUUAAUAAAUGAUUUGUUUUCAAACUGUGAAAACGUCAGCAAGCAACCCACUCGUUACCGCUAAACCAGGCAGAAUAGGAUAUGGCAAAUGCCCCUUACAAACCGCCCCCUCCCCACUCCUGCCAGUUCUUUCGGCCAUGCGGGUGGUUGGCCCAGCAAGGAACAGAGGGUUUUUGUUUGGGCAUUGCAGGUUAUGAUGCACAAAACGGGAAAACAGGAUGGGUUGGGGGGAAGUUACAGCUUCUUUCCCCUGUAUAGGGAAGCUUUUUAAUGUUGGACGUUUCGCUUUGUUUCUGUAUAUGUUGGAAGCCGCCCAGAGUGGCUGGUGCAACCCAGUCGGAUGGGCGGCGUGCAAAUAAGAAAAUUAUUACAGUCGUACCUUGGUUGUCAAACGCCUUGCGACUCAGACGUUUUGGCUCCCAAACCCAGAAGUGAGUGUUCCAGUUUGUGAACGUUCUUUGGAACCCGAACGUCCGACGUGGUUUCUGAUUGGCUGCAGGAGCUUCCUGCAGCCCAUUGGAAGCCAUGAUUUGGAUUCUGAACGUUUUGGAAGUCAAACGGACUUCUGGAACGGAUUCGGUUCUACUUCCAAGGUUGUUGUUGUUUAGUCGUUCAGUCAUGUCUGACUCUUCGUGACCCCCUGGACCAGAGCACGCCAGGCACUCCUGUCGUCCACUGCCUCCCGCAGUUUCUUCAAACUCAUGCUGGUAGCUUCGAGAACACUGUCCCACCAUCUCGUCCUCCGUCGUCCCCUUCUCCUUGUGCCCGCCAUCUUUCCCAACAUCAGGCUCUUUUCCAGGGAGUUUGUCCAUAAAGUUUUCUUGGCAGGGAUACUUGAGUGGCUUGCCGGUUCCUGCUCCAGGUGGAUCACGUUUGGUCAAAACUCUCCACUAUGACCAGUCCAUCUUGGGUGGUCCUGCACGCAUAGCUCACAGCUUCUCUGAGUUAUUCAAGCCCCUGGAUCACGGCAAGGCUGUGAUCCAUGAAGGGGACUUCCAAAGCACGCCUGUAUUAUUAUUACUGUUAUUUCCGCCGCUGACUUUUUCUCUGCCCUGUUAGGGAUCUGGCCGGAGGGUGCGGACGGCACCGACAUCAACGCCGUCUGCCGCUCCCACGACGGGAAGCUCCUGGCGUCUGCCGACGACUUCGGCAAAGUGCACUUGUUCUCCUACCCUUGCUGCCAGCCGCGGGUGAGCCUCCCGCCCCACCUCCCCAGGGUCUCUUACCCUCUUGUCUUGCCCCGAUCCUUUCCUUCUGCUCUCAUUCUAAGUACCCAAUCCCAGAAGCCAGAACAGCAAGAGGGAUCGCUGCGCAGUGAAAGCAGCAAUCCCUCUUGCUGUUCUGGCUUCUGGGAUAGCUGCGCAGCCUGCAUUCGCUCCAUAAGACGCACACACAUUUCCCCUUACUUUUUAGAAGGGAAAAAGUGAGUCUUAUAGAGCAAAAAAUACGGUAACCUGAAAGUGGGCAAGGGGCGUCCUGAGACUUCCGCACCAACCUCUCUUGGCUCGUCUCUUUCCCAGUUGCUCGCGGCAUCCGCCACUCAACCCCAUUCCCCCCCGGUUUCCGCAGUGCCUGCGUGUCUGGGUUGCCCCCAUCCUUAGCCCAGUGGUUCUCAAAAAGAUUUCUCUGGGCCACACCUUCAGAAUAAAAAAUUGCUCGCAGCACACUGAUUUUUUAAAUAUAAGAAAUACGUUGGAGGACAAAAAGAAACAACUCGUUGAAUUAUAACAUAGAGCAUGACUGCUUUAUAAUGUUAUCACGGGACUCACAGCAAAUAGAGAAGCGUGCAGCUACCUAAGAACGUGAAUCAUUCCCCAAAUACAAUUAUAAACAAGCCUAUAUGUACCUUAAGUAUGUAGGCAAACUCAAGGGGAAGUAUGAGCUCGCUUUUGCUGGGUGAUCUCAUUUACAGGAUGAGAUUGUCCUCAGUGUCACUCGAUGCUCUUGCUCUCGUUUUGAAAAGACAUCUAUCCAUAUUCUGCAGAGGAUACUAUACUGUAUUACACUGAAAUGUUUAAAUGUUUAAUAAUAAUAAUAAUAAUAAUAAUAAUAAUAAUUUAUUAUUUCUACCCCGCCCAUCUGGCUGAGUUUCCCCAGCCACUCUGGGCAGCUCCUAAUCAAGUGUUAAAAACAAUACAGCAUUAAAUAUUAAAAACUUCCCUAAAUAGGGCUGCCUUCAGAUGUCUUUUAAAAAGAAGAUAGCUGCUUAUUUCCUUCACAUCUGAAGGGAGGGCGUUCCACAGGGCGGGCGCCACCACCGAGAAGGCCCUCUGCCUGGUUCCCUGUAACCUCACUUCUCGCAAUGGGGGAACCGCCAGAAGGCCCUCGGAGCUGGACCUCAGUGCCUGGGCUGAACGAUGGGGGUGGAGACGCUCCUUCAGGGAUACUGGGCCUUUGAAGCCACUUAGGGCUUUCAAGGUCAGCACCAACACUUUGAAUUGUGCUCGGAAACGUACUGGGAGCCAAUGCAGAUCUCUCAGGACCGGUGUUAUGUGGUCCCAGCAGCCGCUCCCAGUCACCAGUCUAGCUGCCUCAUUCUGGAUUAAUUGCAGUAUUUGAUUGUCUUGGAAUAUCCCCCCCAGCCCCACUUGCCAUCCUCGGAGUUACAAGCUUGGUGGAUCAGGGGAACGCUGUGGACAUAGUGUAUCUUGAUUUCGGGAAGGCUUUUGACAAGCGGGGCGGCCGGACUUUGUGCGUGGGGUUUCUCCUGCCCUCUCCUGAGACCCCUUUCCUCUCUCUUGCUCCAGGCCCCCAGCCACACGUACAACGGCCACAGCAGCCACGUCACCAACAUUGCCUUCCUCCACGACGACAGCCUGCUGCUCUCCACCGGUGGGACCGACACCAGCAUCCUCCAGUGGCGCCUCGUCUAG